AUCCUCUAUUUGCAUUGAGUCAUUUAUCGUUGUAGACGAUAGUCGGAAGACGUGGAUAACAGUGUACAAGAUUUCUGUUAUGGUGGAAAAGACGGGAAAAUGUUGAACCAAACAUAUCAUUUGUUUUGUAUUGGAAGGUAUUUUUCUAAAGCAUUUUCUAUUUUUUUACUUAUUUUUAUUCUCUUAAAAGGGAGCAGGGCCACUUUGAUCGCUUGUCCGAGCGGUGGAGUCAUCAACGCGCCGUGUCAGUUUUCUCCUGGUGAGCACAGGCUUAAAUCUCUCGAUAUUCAAGCAGAUGUAUUUCUUGAAAGCUCUUCGGCCAUUGCAAACCAUACAUUUAUUAUAUCUGGUGACUUCAUACUUCGCUCUACCGCUGUGUUAUCUUUGGGAUACAACCGACUAACAAAGACACCUGGAGAUGCAUUUGGGAACUCUGGAGGCAGUCAUGGUGGUCAAGGUGGAGCAGAGAGCAACGUAACUUUGAAUGUACAUCAAAAUACUCCUUACGGUUGUAGCUCAGUUGUAAAUACGCUGGGAAGUCGAGGUGGCAACGGAGGCUUUGGUGGUGGACUUCUUAAAAUUAGAGCAAACAAUCUUAUCAUAAAUGGCUCAAUAAUGGCUAACGGGGAACAUGGUCGAAAAAAUCGAAAGUCAGGAGGAGGCAGUGGGGGUGGUGUGUCUAUUGUAUGUGCUACUUUUUCUGGUGUGGGGAACAUCCAAGCCUCUGGUGGCCUUGGUCGAAACUACGGAGGAGGUGGUAGUGGGGGUCGAAUAAGUAUAAAUUGUAAAAGUGAUACUUUUCAUGGAUCAUUCUAUGCUCAGGGUGGCAAAACAGAGGAAGACAUGGUUCCUCUUGAUUCUUAUGUUUUGUCGGCAUCAUCUUCAAAACGCAUUACAACCCACAGAAAUCAAAUUAUAAACUUUCUUCCGAGUAAUGCAAUGAUUGAUGGUAACAGCGCUUGGAUUCCUAAUCAAUCUGCUCUUGGAGAAUACCUUCAGGUUGAAUUUACGAGUAGCAAAAUCGUCACAGGAAUCGCAACAAAAGGACAAAGAAUCUUAAAUGCAGAUAAAUUUGUUCAAAACUACACUUUACAAUAUCGAGUUGAAAAUACAUGGAUUGAUUAUAAGGAAUUCGGAGUGAAGAAAAUAUUCGUUGGGAACUCUGAUUCCUCAUCCAUUGUGAAGAACUUUUUUUCAACUCCAUUAUCUGUGAAAGCAUUGCGUAUUUAUCCCCAGUCUUGGAACAACGAAACAGCUUUGAGAAUUGCCGUGUACACAAACCCACCAAAAUCUAUUGAAAACUGUGUUGAUCCACUUCCAACAAGGGAAGCAAAUCUUGGCGAGCCUGGUGCCGCAGGUACAGUGUAUCGUUCUCACCAAAAUGAUGGAAAAACAACCAGUACACUUCAAAUCAACAACGAUUUCAACAAAAUUCGUAUGAACAGCAGAAGCAAAUUUGAACAUAUUAAGACUACAGGGGCAGUGACAUGGUUGAUAUUGGAAGAAGAAGGAAAAUCAUACAUUAAUAAUGUUGACAUUCGCGGAAAUGCUCGUUUAUUGGUCAGUGGGAAAAAAUCGGAUUCUCUCCAUUUACACUCAAUACGCAGUGAUUCUAGUGGUCAGGUUUUUGUUGAACCUAUGGUGACGGUAAAAGUAUCGAAGCAAAUCUCACCAUGUUUUUAUGCAUUUAACUCAAGCGUUAUAGUAAUUGGUAAUGAAACUGGAGCUGCAGUUACGAUUCAAAGAACAUUCCACAUUUAUGGAGAAUUAGAUUUGAGCAAUUCUCCUGCUGUCGAAAUGGGUCGGUAUGGGGGAUCAUUUGCAAUGCAUCCUGGAUCAAAACCAAAUGAACUUAAGUUCAAUAAUUUCGUCAUCAACGAUAGUCCCGGAUAUCAAGUUGACUUGCUUCAAAACAACAACACAAAGGUUUUACGUGUUACCAGUGGAGAAUUUAUCAUGGGAAUUGGUUCUGCAUUCAUAACCAAAAAAGAGUUGACAUUACUAGCAGAAGAUGUGAUAAUCAAUGGUUUGUUCAUUGCACCAAAAUUCACGAGCAUGGACUGGAAAUCAUUAACAAUAAAAACACAAGGGUCUUUAGAUACUCGAAUUGUAAGCAAAGAGUUGAGAGCGAAUGAUAUUGUGGUGGAUGGAAAUUUCACUUUACAGAAUUCUAAUAUAUCAAUAAUGGCGAACAACUUAAAUGUCUCUGGAAGACUGUUGGUAAACGGGUUUCUUAAACUUUUUGACAAAAAUGGUGCUUCCGACGUUUACAUUAAUGUCCAUAACAACGGCAUGCUGAAAAUUCUCGGCAACUCAAACUUCCCUCAAUCAAAUUUUUCAGAAAUACGUGCAAGAGAUAUUCGAGUAUUUGGUGCAUUUCAUGCAGGAACGGUCAACGCUUUAGAAGGUUGGCAACAUAUUCAUAUUGGACCACGUGGCGAGUUUAUCCUUUCUUUGACUAACGAGCUACGCACUGAUGAAAUUAUCGUUUCUGGAGCACUUGAAAUCAAAAAUUCAGUUAGUAUUCGGGGCAAGACAGAAAUGCAAACGAGACUUCUAGCAAUUAGAAAUAGCGGUCGGAUAACGUUGAAUUCACUAAAAAGCGAAACAGUCUCCUCUUUGCGUGUUUAUGAAGUUUUAGUUGACGGUAUUUUCCAAGCUGGAAUCGUUUCUCCAGGACAAGGAUGGAACACCUUUACCAUUGGUAAUCAAGGAAACAUGACAGUCUCAUUCAACGAGACAUUUCAUGUUGACAAGAUGUUGAUUAGUGGAAGUCUGGUUGUUAAAAAUGAAAUAAAAAUUCAUGGCUACGGUCUUCAAAGGACGGCAUCCGUGAUGAAUCUGGGGACUGGUAGCCAUGUUAAGUUCAUGGCAGAUAACUACAACGUGAGCUGUGGUAAUACGACUAAUUUCUCUGAAAUACAUGUUGACGUACUUACAAUUGGUGGUAUUUUUGAAGCAGGUCCACUAUCUAUUGCGCAUGGGAUUAAUGACUUGCGUAUAUAUCAGUCAGGUGACUUUAGGUUUUAUCCUAUUGGUGAAUUUUGGUUCAACAAGUUUUACGUCAAUGGAAGCAUGACAUCAUAUAAAGAAGUCAUUAUUGAGGGACAAAACAGCCUGCCCAUUGCACACGCACAUUUCGGACCAAGUUCUAAUGUUGUUCUUGGAAAGUGUUUUGGAUAUUCAAAAAUUGCUGCCCUUCGUGUGACGGUGGCAGGAAAUGUUGUCACUAAUUUACUUACAAUCGGAUAUAGCUGGCAAAAUCUUAUAGUUACCGGAACAUUUGAAUUCAUACCUGCCGAAGCCUUUAAAAUUAAUAAUACCGUUAUAGAUGGGACGAUGAGAAGUAAAAUUCCAUUUGACGAUAAAAUGACUCUAUCAGGUGACACUUUGACGAUAAAUGACGGAGGUUUAUUGAGAUUAAACUAUCAAGAAGAACUAGAAAAUAAAAAUGAUGGUAGUGAACCUUCUGUAAUUAAAAUGGCGUAUUCCAUUGCUAUUCACGGACGAAUUCAAGCAGGAUCACUUCACAUGUCUGCUAAUGAUCUUACGAUUUCAAAAAAUGGCAUCAUAACUGUUGACUGGGGUGGAUAUGUAGGUGGUCGUGGACCAGGAGCUGGCUCAAGUGCAAGUUUGGGAUCAUCUGGAGCAAGUCAUGGCGGAAGGGGAGGAAAAGGCGCGGGUACUUCAUGUCAUAAUCUGCCAUACGGAUCAAUUUAUAGUAGUGGAACUUGGGGUAGUGGUGGCGGAGGAGAGAGUGGAACUGGAGGAAGAGGAGGAGGAAUUGUAUAUCUCCAAGUCAUGAAAACAGUUCAGGUUGAUGGAAAAAUACAAGCUUCUGGGGAGCCUGGAAAGGGAGGAAAUGCUGGUGGAGGCAGUGGUGGAUCAAUAUGGAUAAACUGCACUCGAUUGAACGGUGAAGGACACCUUUCUGCCAACGGUGGAAAUGGUUAUGGAGAAGGUGGUGCUGGGAGUGGAGGUAGGAUCACAGUGAAUUACCAAGUAGGAAUUUUUCAUAGUGAUCAUACUUGGGCACAUGGAGGAACAGCGAAUAGUCAAAAUGCCGAAAAUGGCGGUCCUGGUAUCGUGUAUCUAGAAGGAAGACUGCCGACGGUGAACAAGAAUUUGAGGAUUGAUAAUAAAGGAAGGAAAGCUUUGGUCUACGAUGGGAAAAAUUUUGAAAGUUUUGCAUCAACAGGAGCUGUUGCUUAUCUUGCACCCGAAACAAAAAACAUGAAGCUAGAUUUUACUUUUGUUGAGCUUUAUGGUGGGUCACAUCUUUACAUCGAUGGCAACAGGACGGAAAUGUCAGCUCGUUUUGUUCAAGGUGAUGACACUGGCUUUAUUCAUAUUGCUCCCGGAAACAUUCUGCGACUAACUGGCGAGUCUGUAUAUCGUCGUACAAAUGUCACGUGGGCACCUCGUGUAUAUCAUGGUGCACAAUUUAUUCUUCCUAAUGCCACCAUUGAAUUCCGGUUAGUAAACGCUGAGUAUCCUGAACUGAAAAGACCAACUCAUAUUGAUUUCUGGGGGCAAGUUGUUGGCAAUUUAGCACAUUUGAUGGUUGGCUACGGAGCUACAUUGACAUUUACAGAUAUAGCUCCGAGAUCUUUGACAUUUGUUGGCAUUACUAUACAGAAAAAGGGAAAAUUAGUAUUUCAAAGCAAAUACGGAAACACGAGCGAUCGUUGGAAUAUAAAUUUGAAGAAUUUAGGUCCACUAAGACGAGAUGGAAAGCUGACUGUCGAAGGAGGAGGUCAUUUGGAAGCAAGAUGUUUGAAACUUUCAGCUGAGUCAGUUGAUGUGCAUUACGAAGGUUAUGUUGACCUCAAUGGACAAGGUUAUAUAGCAGAUCAGGGUGUUGGUGCAGGGCAAUUACCUGGCUCAGGUGCUGGUCAUGGUGGCAGUGGUGGUAGUGAUACGAAUGGACGAUCACCUGGAAGCCCGUACUCAUCGUUAUUUAGUCCAAACCAGUUUGGUAGCGGUGGAGGAGGAAGCAAUGGAGGAAGUGGAGGUGGAUAUUUGGAGAUAGAAACAAAGAACUUACUUGUCGUUGAUGGUACUGUUAGAGCUAAUGGUAUGAGUUCAUCCAAUCAUGGUGGAGGAAGUGGUGGCAGUGUGAUGAUUACCACGAACAGAUUGGAAGGUUCUGGUAAGAUUACUGUUAACGGCGGUGGUACAGCAGCUGGAGGUGGAUCUGGUGGUAGAUUAGCUAUUCGUUGGCAAGACAGAGAAUGGUGGUUUGGUGAGCUUCAAGCCUUUGGUGGUGUCAGUUCUUCUUCAAAAUAUGGCGGAGCGGGAACCAUCUAUCUACAGGACAAUCGCCAUGGAGUUUUGAACAGAACUUUGAUUAUUGACAAUAACAACAAUUCACCUCCAUCACCUGAAAUUGACUUCUCAAGCUGGAACUUCAAGAACGAAGGAAGUCGAACUUGGUUUCACUUUAAUGAAAGUGAACUGGAUUUUGAAGAAGUUCACAUAAUUCGACAUGGGGAACUUUCACUAUUCCCAAAUGUUACAAGAGCUGUAAGAGUUCACAAGUUUGUUGGUGAUACAACUGGUGUGUUGCACGUGGGUCCAGGACAAACCGUGAUUGGUCAGUUUGCUGAUGACGGUGAAUUUGAAGUAAACACAUAUGUGUAUAAAGAUGGUGUUUUUCAUCUUCCGAAAUCUUUUCUUUGCCGUAAGAUAAAGUUAACAAACAGGGGAACAAUUAAUAUGUAUGAUGUCACAAUUGCACGUGACUGUCAUUUACUACUUUCCCUUACGGGUACAACACGACUUGCAAGGAAAAUGGGCACAUUUCAAUUUCAUCACCUGAUCAUAGCCGACGGAGGGGAAUUAACAUCUACUGAUGACGUCAGAAACUCCAGUAUUACCUUGGUAAUGGAUGAUGGUAAUGUACAAGGAGGUGGCCAUCUACAUAUGACGAACUUGAUCAUCAAAGCCGCAAAUUUUACUGUUGAUGAUCUUGGAACUGUACAAGGAGAUGUUUAUGAUAAUAGCUGUAUACAAGGAAAUGGUUUAUCUUCUACGUACGGCUCAUCUGGUGCCGGUCAUGGUGGCUCUGGAGGAGUUGGUUCUAAUCAAAAACGCGUUGGCAUCCCAUUUGGAAACUUGUAUGAACCACGGCAUUUUGGUUGUCAUGGUGGAGGUGCUAGCGGAGUUGGAUUGGGAGGUGGAAUAAUUAAGAUGACUGUGUCGAACAAGCUGAAGUUAGAUGGUUCAAUAACUUGUAGUGGAUCUUCAGGAACAGCAGUUGCAUCAGGCGGUGGCAGUGGGGGAAGCUUGUGGAUUGAAACGAACUUAAUACAAGGUUAUGGUAGAUUACAGGUAAAUGGAGGCAAUGGUCAUGCUAAUUAUCGUUGGUCUUCCAAUAUUUACUAUGAUGGUGGUGGUGGAGCUGGAGGAAGAAUGGCAGUGUAUUUCAGGAACAACCGCACUUAUAGUGGAACUUUUGAGGCUUUCGGUGGUAAUGGUGGUAUACGUGGUGGUACAGCAGGUGGUGCUGGUACCAUUUUUAUAUAUCAUCUUGUGCACCAUCAUCGAACCUUAAUUGUGAGCAACAAACAACGCUCUCCUCUUAAACCUAGAGAUCAACCUAUAACAAAUUAUACAGACUUAUCGCUUAUUCCUGGGACAGCUUGGUUAUUGACUGAAGACAAAAUUCACGAGUUCGCAAAAGGUUUAAAUUAUCAUUUUGAAGAACUACAAAUUUAUGGUGGAGUACAUCUUGCAAUUCACGAACAGUUUGGAGGAAAACCUAGUUUAUAUUUUCGUCAUAUGAUUGGCGAUCGUACUGGCACAAUUCAUGUCGGCAGUGAUCAGCUGUUAGAUCUCAAUAGAACAGAAAUUGACUUACCAUUUAGCGUUCACGUGUAUGAUAAAGGAUACUUGGGGUUGGCUCCGUAUACAGAGGUACAUGGAGUGAACAUACAUGUCCAUGGCGUUAUUGCAAACAUUGAGAACUUGUUACUGCAUCACAAUGGACAUUUAUUUUUGAAUGAGGGAGCCAAGAGUGGUAAUGUUCAUUUACCAGAUGACUUUAGGUUUCAGACCAUUCGCAUUCAGGCCUUGGGUUUAGUUCAAUUUAGUUCCUCUCCAGUCACUCACAAGGGAAUGAAUCUAAGUGUCACAAGUUUAACUAUCGAAGGAGGUAGUAAAAUGAAGGGGAAUGAUUUACACAUCGAAGCAAAUGAUGUUACGAUUGACUUUGGAGGUGAACUUUCGUUGACUGGUGGAGGUUACAAAUUAUCUGAUGGCACUGGACGAGGUGUUAAUGGUGGCAUUAACACUGGCCGUGGACUUAGCUCUCAAAGUGGAUCAUCUGGUGGUGGGCAUGGUGGCUCUGGAGGGAGAGGUUUAGCUACGAUGUAUGUAGGAUUACCAUAUGGAAAUGUAUAUGAGCCAACAGAUUUUGGAAGCAGCGGAGGAGGAAAUCAAGGGCAAGAAGGUCACGGAGGUGGCCGUCUGUUCCUCAAUGUCUCCAAUCUUCUUGAAGUCGAUGGGAAAAUAACAGCCAAUGGACAAAAUGGACGGUCAAAUAGUGGCGGAGGAAGCGGUGGUAGUGUAUGGAUAUACACAAACAUUAUUAAAGGAUAUGGUGCAAUUAUUUCAAACGGAGGUGCAGGAGCCACUGCUAAUGGUGGAGGAGGGUCUGGAGGCCGAAUCGCUGUAUACUUUCAAAAGAAUGAAACUUUUAAAAGUUUUUCUUACCGUGCAUACGGUGGUAGAAACGUAUCUCCUAGAGCUGAAUCUGGUGGAGCUGGCACUGUUUUUCUAUAUCAUCUAUAUCACGAACAUCGAACUCUUCUUAUUGGUAAUAAUGGCCAGUCGUCUUUAAACAAGCACAUGAAUUACUCUGAACUUGACCGUGAAGGAGGAAAAGCGUGGAUCAUGCCUGACUCUGGAAUUCACGCAUUUGCUGACACUGUAAGCAAUUUCCAUUUUGAGGAACUACAAGUAUUUGGAAGUGCGCAUCUUGCAUUUUGGCCUUCAAACACUUCCAUCAAUAUCUCCAUCUUUUUCCGUGACAUGAUUGGCGAUCGCUCAGGAAUGGUUCAUGUGGGACCUAACCAAGACUUAGAUUUAAAAAGACAAGAGAUAGAUGUACCUUUUAGUGUAUAUGUGUAUAAAGAUGCUCAUCUUGGUUUAGCUCCUGUAACCUAUGUUCACGGUGUUGAAAUUAUUCUACGUGGUACACUUUCGCAUGUCCUAAAUAUCACCCUUCAUCAUGGUGCUCAAUUGUGGCUUCUUCAUGGAGGUCGAACGACGAACAUGGCCAUCCAUCAAUACCAAUUUGAUGUUGUUCGAAUACAAGAUACCGCCAUUGUUCAUGCUGUCACAUCUCCAGUGAUUGAUCCUGGUAUUCAACUUUUUACCAAGUUUGUGGACAUUGAAGGUGGUGGCUUAUUACGUGGCUCGAGACUUACCUUUACCACAAUAAAUUUGACAAUAGAUGAUGGAGGUAAACUAGCAGCAGAUGGUCUUGGAUACAAUACAUCACACGGUUUUAGUGGGACAGGCUUACAUGGAUUGAUAAAUCCAGGUGCUGGUCUAAGGUCGUUCUAUGGUGGUUCUGGGGCAGGACAUGGUGGGCGAGGAGGUCGUGGAAAUUUGAACAACGGCGCUGUCAUAACAGGGGCAGCUUACGAUGAUUUGUACGAACCAGAUAUGUUUGGCAGUGCAGGAGGAAGAAGAGAUUUACGGAACAUAUACCGAGGAGGAAAUGGCGGUGGAGUUAUUUGGAUGAAUGUCACAAAUACAAUUUCUGUUGAUGGAAUUGUGACCGCAAGUGGAGAAAAUGGUCCAAACGAAGGAAGUGGGGGAGGUAGUGGUGGAAGUAUUUGGAUGUUUUGCAAAAGAAUUAUGGGUUAUGGCAAAAUUUCUGCCAACGGUGGGAGUGGUUUCAUGAGUAGUAUUUAUCCUGCCGGAGGAGGAGCAGGUGGAAGAAUUGCUAUUUACUUCCAGAUAAAUGAAACAUCGACGUAUUUUGUGUAUGAGGCACGCGGAGGUGCGGCACAUGGUUGCAAGAUAGGACGGGAAGAUCUUUGCCGAGCCGAAGCUGGUGGUCCUGGAACUGUAUUUUUGUAUCACAUGAUUAAAGAACAUCGGACAUUGUUGAUAAAUAACGGUGGUCAAAAGCCUUUAGCAUCGGCAAUAGUGGACUAUGGUGACUUGAAAAAAGAUGGAUGCAAAGCAUGGAUCUUACCCGAAUCUGGGAAACACCAUUUUGCUAGCAAGGGCGAAGAUUUCCACUUUGAGGAACUCCAGAUAUAUGGAGGUGGUCAUCUUGCUGUACAAACUGAGAUUGUUGGCACGCCAGCAUCUUUGUUUUUCAAACACAUGAUUGGUGAUCGAAGCGGUACGAUUCAUGUUGGUCUUAAUCAAGUGAUGGACUUGAAGCGAGAGGAGAUAGAUCUACCUUAUAGUGUUCAUGUGUAUCUUGGCGGUUAUCUUGGCCUUGCCCCAUACACGGAAGUUCAUGGAGUAACAAUAUAUCUUUCUGGUCACCUUGCGCAUGUUCAGAACAUGACGUUGCAUCAUGGUGGCGCUUUCUGGAUGUAUCAUGGUGGCCGUACUACAAACCAAACGAACAGUUCAUACCACUUCGACACAAUGAGAAUACAAGAAAAUGCAUUUGUACAAGGUCUUACGUCACCAGUGCAUCAUCCUGGAGUUAAACUCACUGUCCGAGCUCUUCAUGUUGAAGGAGGAGGUUUGUUUCGUGCUACACGACCUACUAUAAUAGCUAAAAAUGUUACAGUUGACGAUGGUGGCGUUAUCUCAGCGAAUGGUUUAGGUUAUAACAGAACCCACACAUACUUUAAUGGUCUUCAUGGAGUAGUAAAUCCAGGAUGCGGGAAAACGUUUUCUGGUGCCGGUCACGGUGGAACAGGUGGUCAAGGUCAAGGCUCCAAUCAAUCUGGAGUGGCAUACGGGGAUAUAUAUGAAGCAACGACAUUCGGAAGCAGUGGAGGUGGUCUGAAAUCGGGAAAUGGUGGAGGGGUUCUUUUCUUCAAUGUCUCCAAUGUUUUACACAUCGAUGGAGUUAUUAGUGCCGAAGGUGACGAUGCAGCAAAUGGUGCAAACGGUGGUGGUAGUGGAGGAAGUUUGUAUGUACUUUGUCAUGAAAUCACGGGCACUGGUUCUGUAUCCGUUGCUGGAGGUCGUGGUGGAUCUUCAAAUGGAGGUGGAGGAGCUGGUGGUCGUAUCAGUAUUUACUUCAACAGCAACUCAUCCUUCACUGGAAAAACAAUAACGAAAGGUGGGGGGAGCAAUGUCGAAGCUGGAGGAUCAGGAACUGCAUUUUAUUACCAUCUUAUUCAUACUCAUCGAACAAUUUUUGUUGAUAAUAAUGGACAGCAACCGUUAUUUCCUGAAGUAAAUCACUAUGAAGAUAUUUCAUAUCAAACUGGAAAAACGUGGAUUCUGAGCAACUCUGGCGAGCACUUAUUUGCUGAUAACGCAGAUCGAUUUCAUUUCGAGGAGUUACAAAUCUACGGCAGUGCGCAUCUUGCAAUUACAUUUUCCAACGUAACAAACCGUGUCACCUCGUUGUUCUUCAGUUUUAUGAUCGGUGACCGCUCUGGUACUAUUCAUGUUGGUGAUAGGCAAAAGCUUGAUUUACGUCGACGAUUUAUUGAUUUCCCAGCGCAUUUGAGAAUCUACGAUGGUGGAUAUGCUGGACUUGCUGAAGUUACAGAGAUAAACAAAGUCAAUCUUUAUUUGGCUGGUGUUGUUGCACACGUAAGAAAUUUGACCCUUCUCAACGGUGGAAUGUUUCAUCAUUACAUCACUGGAUAUACAGAAAACGCGCUUGUAAGAACUUUACGGUUUAAUGAGACAGUUCGCGUUAUGGCUGGUUCAAAAAUAGUCACCCACAGUGCUAAUGCCGACAAUAGGACUUUUACUUUAGAAAGCAAAAUAUUGCUUAUUGAAGGAGGAGCCGAGAUUCAAAGUAACAAUCUUCAUUUGAGGAUCGUUAACCUCACCGUUGACGAUGGUGGUAAAAUAAAUUUGAACAAUGGCGGAUUUUUGGCCAUGCAAGGUCCAGGAACUGUAAUUACAAAGAACUUCAGAAGUAGUGGUGCUGGCCAUGGUGGCUCAGGAGGACAGCCAUCGUGCUAUGGUUACAAAACAUGUCGAAUGCCUAAGGGACUACCGUAUGGGGACAUGUUUCAACCAGACGAGUUUGGUAGUGGAGGUGAUGGUACAUCUGGAGGAAUUGGUGGCGGGAAAGUUAAAAUUGAUGUCAGUCAUACUUUAACGCUAAAUGGAUACAUAGAAGCAAAUAGUGUAAAGAAGAGCAAUGUUGCUGGUGGUGGUGGUAGUGGAGGAAGUAUUUUUAUUUCUACUCAAAUAUUCACUGGUGGUCAUACAGGAGCUUUACGUGUAACAGGAGGAACAUCUGAUGCAGGGGGUGGUGGUGCAGGUGGACGAAUAGCUGUAUACUACUCAAAUAAUGUGACCACAGCUUUCUUUGCUGGAGCAUUUGAAACUAAUGGUGGCGGAUCUAAGGCUAGUGGUGAACCAGGGGCAUCUGGAACAGCUUACCUUGAGCAUGUUUCAACUUCAUAUAAGAUUCUCCGUAUUGAUAAUAAAAAACAAAGGCCCAUUCGAGAUGUCAUUAAGAAUGAAGGAAGAAAAGUAUCAACAUCAGGAGGUAGAGAUUAUUUAAGAAAAAGAUACGAGAUACCCAAUGGAAUCGUUGUUUUAAGUUCAGAAGAUUAUUACGUUCGACCUUGGCCAAAUUAUCAUGCUUUUAAAAUUCGUGACAUGUUUGAUGGCAAUCCAAAUACUUGGUUUAUUGUUGGAGCGCUAUCGACAAAACUUUCUAUUAAUUUGAGGAGAGUGAUGUUUGUUAAUCAUGUUCGAAUAUUUCCGAUAUGUAAUCUUAGACCUUCAAACUUCAAGUUGAGUGGUUUGGAUGAAGCGGGAAGAUCGUUUGUCAUCCAUCAAAGUUACGUUAACAUGGCUUAUGGCUGCACACUUGGCUCCUAUACAGACGUUAUGUUUAUGAGAAAUGCUUCUGAAAUAUAUAUAGAGUUAUCCAGUAAUACAUUAAGAAAUACUGGCUUGGCAGAAAUUGAAAUCUUUGAAGGAACGUCGUCUUCCUGGGAGCGUUAUGAAAAUCUCGAAGUGGAUCAAGCAGUCACUUGGCUUCUUUUAAACUCAUCUCAGUACAAGUUUGACGAAGUGCAUAUUCUAGGAUCCGCUCAGGCAGCCUUCAAAAAUCCCAAAGAUGUGCAAGCACAUAUCUCUGUCUUUAAUCGGCGAGUUUUUGGCGAUAAAUCAGCCACUAUUCAUGUCGGCUACAAUCAAAAUUUUACCAUUGAAAUAACUGAUCCAGACAUACCUUUAAGCUUGAGGAUUUAUGAGAAAGGCGAGCUAUCUUUGCCCAGAAAGAGUUUUCUCAAAGGCGUUGGUAUAUAUCUUUCUGGCAAGUUGACCGGAUUGAAAGAAAUCUAUGUUCUUGAUGGUGGUCGUCUUGAGUGCAUGACAUCCAGCUGCAUUGGAGCACAAUGCAAACAGUCAGAUUACAGUUUGACAUCUUUAUACGUUCAAGACAAGGGUUUUGUGAAGCUUGGUGAAUCACAUCGCAUGAACGAGCUUUAUUUAAAUCUUACAAACUUUACGGUUUAUGGUGGAGGUCACUUUCAAUCACAUGGUCGUCUCAAAAUCAAUGCUAUGAAUACAGUAUCUGUGAAUUCUGGUGGCGUCUUACAACAAGAUCAUUCUGGAUACGUGACUGGAACUGGUCCCGGUCGUGGAACAGGUCACGUAAAUGGUGGAUCUGGAGGUGGUUAUGGAGGUAAUGGUGGUCGAGGAGUUGGUACACUUAUAGCAGGACAAACAUAUGGCUCAUUGUACGCUCCUCUUCAUUUUGGAAGCCCUGGUGGAUUUGGAUAUGACUAUGGAAAACUUUACUAUGGAAGCUACCGCUAUCGAACAACCACUCCUGAAUCAAAUGAAGUGAGUGUUGGAGGUUUGGGUGGUAUUGGAGGUGGAUCGUUAAGGACUACGUGCAAACGACUUGUUGUAGACGGGUUAAUUUCGGUCAAUGGUCAGAAUGCACCAACUUGGGAUCAGCGUAGUGGAAUUGGAGGUGGAAGUGGGGGUAGUAUAUGGAUAACAUGUGAUGAACUUGACGGUUAUGGGUCCAUUUAUGCACGUGGUGGAUCGGGAUCUACUGGGAAUGCAGGUGGUGGCUCCGGAGGACGAAUUUCUGUUGAAUACAGUGCUAUUCACAAUUACAAUGGUUCAUUCUCGGUGCGUGGUGGAUAUGGAUUAGAGGACGGAGCAUCAGGUACAGUUUAUUUAGAAAAGAGAAAUGGUACUCGUAUCUUAUGGAGAAGACUAACGGUAGACAACGAAGGUUUGUCUUUGCCAAAAGCAAUGAACCGUCAGGGUAAUUUAUUGAACAUAUUUAGUGGCCUCUACACAAAUAUCGAUCAGGUUGGCUCAGUGACAUGGCUUAAGGAAGCAAGACACUAUAUAUUCGACGAACUCAUACUUCAAGGUAACUCGCACCUUGCUCUUUAUGGUAAUGCAUCCAAUGAGGAUGUAUAUUUGCGAGCAAAUCUCUUGACUGGAGAUCGGUCUGCCGUAUUGCAUAUUGGGGCUUUACAAAAAGUGCAUUUUCACGAUAUUGAUGUUUACUUUCCUGUGAAUACGUUUGUUUAUCCACGUGGCUCGUUAUUCUUACCUAAACGUGUAUCUCUGCGCGAAGUAUGGAUGUAUGUUAACGGUUCUCUGUCAGAUUCUAAGGAAUAUGUUGUUGAUAAGGAUGGGCAACUACAUCUGUGGUCUGGUGGAAACAGUGAAGGGGAACCGGAAGGAACAUUUGUCUUUGGGAAUAUCAGUAUUUAUGCACGUGGUCGUUUGACUGCGACCACCUUAUUUGGACAUGGUAAAAUGGCAGUACAAUGCAUUAAGAUGGUGAUCAAUGCCGGGGGCAAGUUCAUAUCAAAUGAUGUUCGUUUUAGUGCUACAAACAUCACUGUUGAUGCUGCUGGUGAAAUAAGUUCCACUGGACUUGGUUACGCUGCCGGAAGAGGACCUUCGUAUGCACGUGGUGUUCGUCAACAUUCUGGUGGUGGCCAUGGUGGAAAUGGUGGUCGUGGAAGAUAUCAGUUGCGAUCAUCUUUGGCGUAUGAUUCAAUUUAUACUCCUGUCAUGGCAGGCAGUGGAGGGAGUGGCGCAUCAGGUGGUGGAGUACUUCAUUUUAAUAUAAAUGAUCUGUUUCGUGUGGAAGGAAAUAUCCGUGCAAACGGUGAUUCGCACAGAACUGGUGGAGGUGCAGGAGGCUCAGUUCUCGUCUAUGUUAAGCAUUUCGAUGGAAUGGGAACAAUAGAAGCAAGAGGUGGAACUGGAUCUACCGUUGGCGGUGGAGGGGGUGGAGGCAGAAUAGCUGUGUAUCAUUCAGGGAUAAACACGUUCAUCGGGGAUCUUCAAGCGUUUGGGGGAGAAAGUGCUUCUGAGAGAGGAGCUGCUGGAACAGUCUAUAUCCAAGAUGAUAGUGGUAAUACAACGAAAAGACAACUAAUUAUCGACAACGGUCAUGACACAGCAUCUUCGAGGAUUGUUGAAGUUAGGCAGUUAAUAAUCACGGGAACCUCGACUGAAAGUGCAACAUCUUAUCGGUCGUUGGAAGGGUUUAGUAUCGAAACAACGGGUCAACCGUACUGUAUUUAUUCUGGCAUUAUAAAUGAAUGUAGAUAUCAAAAUAAUCGCUUGUCCCACUUGUUUGAUAGCUCAAAUAAUUUCUACUACACAACAUAUUCAACUCCUGAGAUAACCAUUACAUUCCCAUAUCCUAUCACAAUUGAUCAUUUGAGAAUGUUCCCGAAAUGUCAUUCAGACUUUAGCACAAGUUACAAAAUUCGUGCCCUAUUUGGAAGCAGCCUCGCUCUUGAACAAACAUCUUGGAUAUCGACUGAACAAUGCAAACAAGGUCAAUAUGGCAUUGUUCAUGUGCAAAAAGAAAUAAAUAAGAUCGUGAUAUCGCUUUCGAAGGUUUCUUCAUAUGCCGCUCUGAGCAAAGUACAAUUAUUUAUUCAAGAAGUGUUUCCAAACCCUUCUCAGAUGUUGAUUCAAACACCUGCAGCUUGGAUUUCUGUUGAAAAUGAAAAUAACACGAUGAAUGACUUUUUGAAGUUUGACAAGGUCAUUUUACGGAAAGGAGGGCAUUUAAGUUGCUCAGGUAACGAUUCUCACCUCAUUACAAACGAGCUGGAUGGUGAUGGCACCGGAUCGAUUCAUGUACGCUCCUCUCAACAACUCUCCGUAAAUCGUACGACUGGCUCUUUCAAGACGGAAUUACUGGGAAAUGUCAACUCUACCUUAAAUCUUCCACGGAAAUUUAAUUGCCAUUCUGUGAAUAUUCACGCACGCGGCGUUAUAAAAAACUUUAACGAAGUCUCUGUCGGCCCUCGAUGUUUUCUUUCAAUUGAGGAGAAAGAAACAAGUCUUAAUUUAUCAAUAAAUAAAUUGGUUGUCCAAACUGACGGUCGUCUUCAACUACUUGCAGAAAAUGGCGAAGUCGUAGUUAACGGAGUAUCUAUGGAUGUUCGUGGUGGUGCAAGGGUUGAUAGUAACAAGUUGAAACUAAAUUUCAUCAACAUUACUCUGGAACCUUUCUCUAUCUUGUCAACGGAAAAUAAGAUUAUGCCCAAAGGAUAUCAUGAUGGUGAUGGUAAGUCAGGUAAUCUGGGAAGUAGUGGUGCUGGUCAUGGUGGUCAUGGUGGUUCUGGAAGGUCCUCUAGUGUACCUGGUGUUUCUUACGGUGCAUUUAAAGUUCCUCGAUCUACAGGACGACCCGGUGCUGCACCGAUUUAUCCUCGAGUUCCUGGUUACGGUGGAGGCAUUAUUGAGUUGAUAGCACAAAAUUCACUGCACGUUGAUGGCACAAUAUCUGCUAUAGGUGGUAGGACUACAUCAUUACUAGGAAGUGGUGCUAGUGGUGGAAGUAUAUUGGUUUAUGCAAGGUAUCUCCAUGGUCAGGGGUUGCUUGAUGUUUCCGGAGGAAGUGGUGAUUUGGAAAAUAGUGGAGGUGGUGCUGGUGGUCGAAUAAGCAUUUACACUACAGCGAACAACUACAUUGGUCGAUAUUUAGCAUUUGGUGGGGAAAGUAACUAUGAGCCGGGAGGAGCAGGAACUGUCUUUAUUGAACGAGUUACUGUAAACGAGACGGGUAAUAUAAAGAGUUUGGUUCCACGUAAUUUUGCUAAUAAUGACCAAGAAUUUGAGAUUCAAAAUCGAACACUUUACAUAAACGCGAACAAUCGUAAACCUCGACCUGCUGACCUUAGCUCUAGUUUCAACGACUCUUUUAUAACAGGAUCAGGACGCACAUGGGUAACAUUGGACCCCUCUGAUGACAACAUAAGGCUGAGUGAAUUACAGAUUUACGGAGGAGCGGAAGUGCUGUUCAUUUUUCCUCAGGAACCCAAACAUUCUUUGUCUCUCAAAAUAAGUAGGAUGCAAGGCGAUCGUAGUGGCUCAUUCUUUGUUGCUUAUAACCAGUCAUUCCUUUCACUUAACUCCUAUCUGCCAUUCAAUUUGUUGAUCUUCCAAGGAGGUGUUACUACAAUGCAAGGUGAAUUGCUUGUUGCUGGUGUGACUGUCGAUGUUGAUGGUAUUCUUCAAAAAUGUCAAAAAAUUACAAUUGCUGAUGGUGGCACUGUGAAAAUGAAGGAGAUGUAUGAUAUCAAUGGCUUAUCUACGAAGACUUUUGACUUUGAAGAGAUCAGUAUUCGUAAUCAUGGAACAAUGCGGGUUACAAAUCAAGAAAAAGUGAGAGAAUUCAAUGGUCGCUCCAUUCACGUACAUGCAGGGGGUAAACUCUCCGGGGUUAAUUUGCAUGUAAACGUCAUCAAUAUCACUGUUGAUACAUUGGCUGUUUUUGAGGCAACUUUGUCUGGGCAGACCUUUAGUUGGCCAGGACAGGGGAAAGGUAUAGAUUCUAUCCCAGGAUUCCCAGGCGGUGGAUCUGGUGGAGGACAUGGUGGUCGUGGUGGUAGGGCAGCUGGACAAAUAUUGUCAGGAGCAACCUAUGGUUCUGUGCUGACGCCGUUGAACUUUGGAAGUUCUGGUGGCAACGGUGUAUCCAGUCAUGGUGGCGUUGGAGGUGGUAUCCUCUUCUUCAAUGUAUCAAAUCGCCUCACCGUAAACGGCGAUCUUUCAGUAAAUGGAGAAAAUGCCCGUGGAUUGUAUGCCGGUGGAGGAAGUGCUGGCAGUAUUUACGUCAUUACUCAACGUUUGGACGGAAGUGGCAAAAUCAAGGCGAAUGGUGGAAAUGGUUACAGUGAUAGACAGUUUGGUGGAGGUGGAGGCUCUGGAGGUAGAAUAGCGUUGUAUUAUAGUGACAAUAAGGAUUACGAUGGUACAUAUGAGGCUUUUGGUGGAUUUGGUAAUGAUGAAUAUGGAGCAGCCGGAACUAUUUAUCAUCAUCGUAAAAUAUCAAACAACACUACAAAUAAGACUUUGAUUGUGAGCAAUAAUGGACAUUCCCCACAAACUGGCAAAGUGAACCAGCUGUUGGAACAAUUAAAAUUAUCUUCUGGUAGCGGUGGCGAAGGUUCUUCGACGCUAUAUAGAGCUCGUGGGGGUAUUACUGUAGCAACCUCCGCUUCUCCUUUUUAUAAACUGAAAAACUUAGUUGACGGUUAUUUCAACACAUCAUUUGCAUCAACCUCUCAAUUGACAACAAUUACAAUCUCUUUUAUCCGAGCAACCUGGAUACAACUCAUUAGAAUUUAUCCAACAUGUUCUUUCAACUACACAGUUAGUUUGAACGUUUCUGUAACAACUGCACAUACGAAGACACUACUACAACCAUCAUCGAUUUCGAACAGAAAUUGCUUCGACACGAACGCUUUUUAUGAUUUUCAAGUUAAUGAUAAAUUAACUAAAAUAGAAGUCAAUCUUCAAGCUUUACAAAAGUACACUGCACUUUCUGAAAUUCAGCUAUUUAUUGGUCGGGAAUCUGGUAAUUUCACAGAAGAAAACAUCAAAGAAGAUAGUGCGAGAACAUGGAUUUUUCCUGAAGAUUCUGGUGAACUUGAGUUCGAUGUCAUGCAUAUCAGUGGCGCAGCUCAUCUUGGUAUAUCACAAAAAAUCCUUUCCAGUGGUAAUAUGGUUAUUACAGAUGUAACUGGGGACCACUCAGGAAGCAUUCACAUUGGUUCUCAACAAAACAUGAACAUGUCAACUAAAAAAACAACCAUAUUACCAUUCAAUGUUCAAGCAUACAAGACAUCUACCAUUGUUUUCCCUGAUGAAAUUCAUGUUACAAAAGGCGUUUUAGUGUCGAAUGGAAAAAUCAAUGGAAUGAAGCGUUUAGUUAUUGAUGAAAGUGGCAUCGUUGAUAUUUUCCCUGAAGCAAGUGUAAAUAGUAAAACAGCUAGCCAUAUGGACAUUGAUAGCUUAAAAGUACUUGCAGGAGGGACGUUAAAACAAUCACUGGGUGAUAAGACGGUUGGAAAAGCCACUAUUACUUUGACUAAUGAUCUAACUGUUAAUGCUUAUGGGAGAAUAGAUGUCAGUGGAAUUACGUUCAAGGCGAGGAAAAUCCAACUGGAUACGUCUUCCAUGGUUACAGCGCGUGGUCGUGGUUACCCAUCAGGUCAAGGACCUGGUGCUGGUGUUUCCUCGUUGCAAGGAGGAUCAGGUGCUGGGCAUGGUGGUACAGGAGGGCGUGGAAUGCAAAAAAGAGUUGGAGUGUCUUAUGAUUUAGUCAUUGAUCCUCACGAAUUUGGCAGUGGUGGAGGACGUGGGAAUAAGAGUUUGCUCGGUGGAUCUGGCGGAGGCGUCGUGGCUCUUGAAGCUGAUGUCAUCGAUAUUGACGGAACUGUUGAUGUGAGUGGUAAUAACACGUUGACAGGAGGUGGUGGUGGAAGCGGAGGAAGUCUGAAGCUAACAGCCAAUAGAUUUAUAGGAAAAGGAAAACUGCUUUCUGAUGGUGGAAAUGCAGCGAACUACGGUGGUGGUGGUGCUGCUGGAAGAAUCAGUAUUCAUACUAACGAAUCAAAGUUUAGUGGAGAAAUCUCCUCUAAAGGAGGUGCAAGCUUCACAGAGCCUGGAGGAGCAGGGACUAUCUAUCAAAUAAUCAAAACUGGUAACAAGUCAUUUGUCACUCUUACAAUUGACAAUGGCGGACAAAAUCCUGUUGAUAACCACUUAGUGAGUGACAACCAAUAUGAUAACGGAGGAAAAACAUGGAUUCCAAUAUCGUCAGAUAAAGAUCUGCUUUAUGAUGAACUAAAGUUACGCAAUGGGGCUCAUGCAUCCUUCGUUUCCACUAUCAAAAGAGACGUAUUUAUCAAAAUGUUAACGGGUGACAACAAGGGCUUGCUUCAUGUAAAGUCGGGUGACCACGUGAUCGUUAAGUCAGCCUCUAAUGAGUUUCCAUCUUGGUUUCAUGUCUAUGAAGAAGGUGUAUUAUCGCUGCCUAAAGUAGUUAAUCUUGUAAAGACACAGCAUUCACAUUUAGUUAUUGAUGGUAAACUCGGUGGCAUUGAAGAUAUUCGUAUUGGACCUGACAUCACAUUGUUGCUAGGAAACAAGGCCAGUUCGUAUGGUUUGAUGGAUAACAACUUUAACUUUACGUCUCUCACCGUUAUGCCUGACGCUCAACUCGUUUUCAAUAAACCUAACUCUCUUUCACAAUCGUUGGUGAUGAAUAUUUCUGAUAAAUUUCAUGUCUUUCCUGGUGGCAAAGUAAGAGGUCAAAAUUUCAAUAUCAUCGCUCGGAAUAUAACUAUAGAAGUUGCUGGUGAAAUUAAAGCAAAGUCGUCCGGAUUUAACAUAGGCCCUGAAAGAGGCAAUGGAGGGGCUGGUCAUGGUGGAAGUGGUGGUCAUGGUUCAACUCAUUUUGACCGUCCUGGUAGGGCAUAUGGUGAUUUUGAAAGACCCUCCAUGUAUGGAAGUACUGCUGGUACGAACGGCGCUGAUGGUGGUGGUGUUGUUAAACUUAGUGCUAUUGAGGCUGCCAGCAUCGAUGGAAAAGUUACAGUAAGUGGUAGUGAUAGCCCCAAAUCAAAGGUUGGUGGUAGCAGUGCAGGUAGCAUCUGGAUACAAAGCAAAGUCCUUACUGGAACUGGUUCACUGAUUGCAAAUGGUGGAAAUGGCUUCAGAAACGGUGGUGGAGGUGCAGGUGGGCGAAUUGCGUGCUUCUUUACAAACAAUACGUAUACUGGUACAUUUCAAGCCUAUGGUGGAAGAAGUGAUCUAUUCUCUGGAGGAGCUGGAACAGUAUAUUUGGCAAGCAAUGACGGCGCGUUCAGGAAACUUAUUGUUGAUAAUCAAAAUACUGACACACGCUCAGGGGAUAAUAUCACAGACAUUGAACGCGAUGGAGGAAGGACAUGGUUGACUCCAACCAAAGGAACAAAACAACUGGUUCUUACUCAGUUAGAUAUACGUGGUUCUGGCCAGUUAGCAUCACUAAGAAAUGAUGAUGCCUCAGAUAGUCUAGAGUGGGAUGUUGGUAGCAUUACUGGAGAUAAAACUGGGUUGUUGCAUAUUCUCGCCAAUCAAAGAUUAGUAAUCACUGGAAACGAUAAAAAACAAACCAAAUCACCAGAUUUACCAUGGGGUAUCAAUAUUUACCCCCGAGGUGAGCUCACUUUGUCAGAGAGUUUCGUUGUGAAUGGGAUUAAGAUUAUUACAUCUGGACGCCUAAACGGAGCAAGAAAUUUAUCUGUUGCAAAUGGUGGAAAAGUCAUUUUAAGGGAAAUGUUUGAUCCAAGUGGCAAUGUAUCCCGUCAUACAUCAUUCGACGUCAUCGAUGUUCAAGGUGGUGGUAUUUUUGAAGUCGAAAGCAACAAAGAUGGUCUUUCUAUUUCAUGUAACAAACUGAUAAUAAGAAGCGGCGGAAAUUUUAUUGCUACAAAAUUGGAUCUUAUAGCGAAUGUUGUUCGAAUUGAUCAAUCUGGUGUCUUAGAAGCAAAUUCCAAGGGAAAGUUGUCUAUCGUCGGUUCACACUCAGGAAAUGGUAAAUAUAGUCCACGUGGUUCAUCUGGCGCUGGUCAUGGUGGUACAGGCGGUCGCGGCUUGGGAAAUAUUUUCAUUGGAGCAUUUUAUGGCAGUGUAUUUCAUCCAUCUUCAUUUGGAAGUGUUGGAGGUGGUGGUCUCUCUCCAGGUGGUGGUGUGAUAAAAAUCACAACGACAGAAUUGUAUCUGGAUGGUAACAUAGAGUGUAAAGGUGGUCUGGAUGAGAAGGAAAAUUACGGAGGUGGUAGUGGAGGAAGUAUUUACAUCAACACAACGUUCUUCACUGGUGAAGGUGUCAUUGAUGCAUCCGGUGGCCCUGGUCAUGAUUUUGGUGGUGGAGGAAGUGGAGGACGCAUAGCGGUGUACUAUCACUCUAGCUCAUUUACUGGUCGAAUCUCGGCAUAUGGCGGAGACUCAUCGCACGAGGCGGGUGCUGCUGGAACGAUUUACCAACAUAAUUAUGACAAGAAUUUAAGAUAUUUAUGGGUGUCAAAUAACAACAGAAAACCGCUCACAACCGUCAUUGAUUUCGCUAAUCUACCUACAGAUAAUGCAAGAACAUGGCUUCCGUCAUUGAUUAACAAUAAUUAUCAUUUUGAUGAAUUGGUAUUAUCUGAUGGAUCACAUUUAGUUCUUGAAUCUGGCUUGAACUUUCAAACUGUAACAGUUGGAAAACUACGUGGAUUUACGAAUAAAGAUAUAAAUAGUGAAAUUACAGGGUAUUUGCACGUUGGGACACAAAAAAAUGUUGAAAUCCGUAAAAGUGAUGAUAUUUUGCCCGUUCAUGUCCAUGUAUAUGAAGGCGGUAAUCUGGGACUACCAUCCAACAUUGAAAUUAAGAAAACAACUUUUAUUUGCGAUGGGCAAUUGAAAGGAAUUAAAAAAUUGACUGUUUCUGAUACGACAAUGAACUUUGGGUUGAACAGUGGAUCGAUCAUUAGAGGCAUUGUUAGUCCACGUCGUUUUGUCUUUGAGCGUGUAACGGUAAAAGCGAAAGGAAAAAUUAUUUUCAAAAACGUUGAGUUUGGUAAUGUUUUGGAAACAAACGAAGUUCUCAUAAUGGCAAAAGGUUUGAUUCAAGCGAGAAAUUUAACUGUUAAAAGUGAUGUUAUGGUCUUAAACGAAACUGGGAAGUUCACUGUUGACGGCCAAGGAUUUGACCAAAGAGUGGCUUCCCGUGAGGGGCAAAGACAACGGUCGUCAGGUGGUUCCCAUGCAGGCUAUGGUGGUCAGCGGUCUUCUGGCAAACCUUAUGAUUACAUAUUGGAACCUAAACUUCCUGGUGAAGGUGGAGGUGUGUUAAAUUAUCAGUCGUCAUCGGUUGUACUUGGUGGUGGAGUAAUACGAGCGCAAGUUAAAGAACGACUUAUCAAUAAUGGAGAAAUAUCAGCGAGAGGAUUAUUCGGCGGAAGCACACAAGCUGGUGGCUCUGCAGGAGGUAGCAUUUGGAUUACAACUAAGAUUGUCGAAGGUGACGGUGUUCUUUCAGUCUCUGGUGGUAACGGUGGUGAUAAUGCAGGAGGAGGAAGUGGUGGAAUGAUUGCUUUGUACUACAGUGAAGGUUUGUUACUUUGGGAUGUUCAAGUUGCAGGAGGAGCUGGUUAUAUUUCAGGUGCGUCAGGUAUGGCUUACCUGCACAAAACUAAUUUGAACAAAAAACUUCUGCUUGAUAACAACCUACAGCGUUCUGCGGGAUUUACCACUUUGGUCUGUAAACCAAAUGAAGACUAUAUUUUCGAUGAAAUUAAGCUGAUGAGAGCUGCAAAGCUAACCAUGACGUUAUGCCCCAGUAAUCAGGAAAUGACGUUACAAGUUACGAAAACAUUUAGUGGUGAUGGAAGUGGAAUACUUCGCGUAGAUAGUCUACAAAACGUGUAUUUGUCAACGAAUGUCAAUGAUAACCAAGUUAAGCUACAAAACAACAUUGAAAUCAACCCAAAUGGACUUGUACUCCUUCCUGACAUUGUCUUGCUGAGCAAAGGUGUCAGUUUACUUGUUAAUGGAAGUCUAAUUGGUGUGAAAAACAUUACUGUUUCGAAGCGAAGUAAAUUUUAUGCAACUUAUCCCGGAAGCACAAAGUAUAGAUCACAGCCUGGUGUAUUUGACUUUGAUUUUUUGCGUGUUGAACAAGGUGGAUUUUUUGAAGCUAGCAAUUGGCCUGGCUUGAAAUUAACUGUUAAACUUCUUCAGUUAGAUUACGGUGCUCAAUAUAAUGUCUCUUCCCGUGUUGUAACGAAUUACUUUAAUAAGAUAGAGCAAGAACGAGGAUCUUCACUUGGCAAUUCCUGUCCGUACGGUUUUGUUCAUCACACUUCAGAGAAUGUGGACUACAAUCCAUGUGGAGAGGGACGGCGGUCAUCAGUCUAUGCUCCAAUCCCAUAUCAGGUUGAAGUAAAUCUGUCAGAUGCUAGUGGAGUGUAUCGCCUUGAAAACCAGACACGAUAUCGUCAGAGUUAUAACAUUACUUGUGAUUAUACAGACUUUCGGCUUCUUCCUGGCCAAAGUUGUGUUUUUGAGGUUGGAAGCUACAGUUACAGACGAUUGGAAAUUUUGAGUGAAGCAACGAUGAGCUUUAAGGCUGAUGCAAACCGACGCAUCAAAAAUUCUCUUCGCGUUGAACAACUGAAAAUAUAUUCUGGUGGAUAUCUGCGUGCGCUAUCAGGAAAAUGGUCAGGCGUCUUGUCUCAUGGCAUUGGAGGCUCAUACGGUGGUACUGGAGGGGGUGGUAGCCUAAAUGAUAUAUAUGGUGACGUUUUACUGCCUGAAAACUUUGGUUCUAAUGGAGGUGGUAGUAGUUCAUCUGGAGAAGGUGGUGGACAGAUCACUUUACAUGUUUCAAGAAUGUUUCAGCACAAUGGUGUUAUUGAUGUUAGUGGUGGUAGUGAUACCACAGGAGGAGGAGGCAGUGGGGGAAGUCUUCUUUUGUUUGCCAAUGAUUUAAAAGGUGAUGGAGAAUUUGUUGCUAAUGGUGGCAACGGCUCAAUAGCAAGCUCAGGUGGAGGCGGUGGUGGUCGAAUAGCGAUCCAUAUUAACUCUUCUAAAGACGAUUUUGAAGGAAAGUUCACAGCGUAUGGUGGUACAGGUAAAUAUAACGGCUCGCCAGGAACGAUCUUUAUCAAAGAUAAAAACAGUAUCAAUGGAAGUUUGAUUAUCAAUGGCGAAGGAUCUCAAGUUUCUAUGCUACCAGUCAACGCAAGUUUGAAUUCAUUUGAUGCACUGAGCGUUGGUGAAUCAGCCAAAUUUCGAGUUUCUCAACGGCAACUGACAGUUGGAUUAUUAAAUACCGACGGAAGUGGUGAAAUAAUGAUCCCUCUUAAUCAUCAUUUGGAAAUAAUGAAACUACCAUCCAAUGGUAUUCUUUCUUGCCAAUUAAAUGUGAUUGGCUCGUUAAAAAUCCACGUCCCAACAAGCAUAUUGCGAACGAUUAAUUUAUAUGGGAAAAUGGAAGUCCCUCGACUAACUGUAGGCAAAGUUGUGAAUUUGAAAUUAAUCAAAGGUGUGAUAAAAACUGAAAAACUGAUAUUAAGACAAUAUUCCAUUGCUUUGUUGUCUGGAUUGUCGACUCUUAAUAUAGCAGAAAUCAAUGUCGGCCCUCACGCGAAAAUAGAAGUCAAUACACAGGAAUUUAAAUUCCUUUGUACUAAGUUAGUGUUCGAAGCAUAUUCAGAGUUGAUCUCAACAUCUGAACUGAAAAGUUUUAACAUUACAUCCGAUUCGCUAGAAAUUCAUAAUUUUGCAUCUAUUGGCGUGACUGGAGGAGGAUUCAAAAAAGGUCGAGGAUAUAGUAAUAUAUCUGGCAUCGGAGGAAGUUAUGGAGGCGAAGCUGCUAAUGCUCGACGCAAUUCGGUUUAUGGUUCUGUUUUUGAACCUUCUGAGUAUGGAAGUGGUGGUAUUGGAUCCAACGGUGCAAAAUUCAAUGGUGGAGGAAGACUUAUCAUAAAUGUUGCUGGUUAUUUUGUGUUAAAUGGUGAAGUACACGCAGAUGGUUUAGGAUCGCAAAUGGAUGGUGGUGGAAGUGGGGGAAGUAUCUUGAUUAAAGCCAAGAUUUUUAAUGGUUCUGGAAUUAUAAGAGCCAACGGAAUGAGUGGGGGUUCAGGUGGAAGAAUUGCUAUGUACGUUGAAGAUAGACAAGGAUAUUUGGGAAUUUUUAGUGCUUUUGGUGGAUGUAGCAGUGCAUGUGGAGCUGCUGGAACUGUGUUUAUUCGCGAAUUUCGAGUUGGUUUGCCAUAUGAGACAACUAUUAUCAAUAAUGCUGGUCGCAGAAGUACAGGAAUUACUGCUAUUAUGCAUGGAUUGCUUACUAAAUAUACUUUGGAAACAUUAAAGAUCAUUCGAGAAGGAAGGGUUGAAAUAGUAAGUGACAGAUCCAAUCAGACUGCUGUUCGCAUAAGCAUUUUAAACUUAAUUGGUGAUGCGACUGGUCAACUUCGUGUUCUCAACAAUCAAGUUUUAUCAUUGGGAUCAGGCACUAGCACACGACCAUUUGUUUUACGAUCUGCUGUCUCUGUUGAGAAAGGUGCAGAAAUGAUUCUUGCUCCGCGUGUAAAAGAAACAACAUUGAAACCAAGUUUUGACGUGAAAGGAAAAGUACAAGGUGGUCAAGAAAUUAUCGUUGGUCGAAAUGCUCAAGUAAGGAUUUCUCCUGAAGGAAUUAUUGGAACAAAAUCUUCACAGAAAGGGACUCUCACCCUUCGCACUCUCCAAAUUCUUAGUGGAGGUCAUAUUCUUAUCAACCACGGAGGAAAGACGAAUGUUGAAUUGCGUGCUUUUUCAAUUAGUAUUGAAUAUAAUGGCAUUCUCGAAAGUCCCUUUGUCACUCUUAAGACUCCUGAGUUGCUUAUUCGUUUGGGGGGUUUAAUAACAUCAAAUGCUCUUGGAUAUAAGCACGGACCUGGUACUGGUAGAACAUUAUCUGCACGGGAAGGAGGCAGUUAUGGUAGCUGUGGAGGAAGUCUAGGAGAUGAAUCUUGCCCCAUUUAUGGUUCGCUCUUUGGUUCUAAAGAGCCUGGAAGUGGUGGGGGUUCAGAAAUUGGAAGUAAAGGAGGCAUCGGGGGAGGAGUUAUUGUUCUUAGCGUGGGAUCGCUUUCAUUGGAUGGAACGAUUACAAGUAAUGGUGGUAAUGGUGAGGGACGUGCUGGUGGUGGUAGUGGUGGAAGUAUUUAUAUGAGAAUAGACAAUGUAUUUAUAGGCAACGGCAAAGUAUCUUGCCGAGGUGGUGCAUCUGGAAUUGACGGAGGAGGAGGCUCUGGUGGUCGCAUUUACCUUGAAUCCCUUGGAACAAACAGCUUUUUAGGUAAAUAUGAUGCAAGUGGGGGAGAGGGACGGAACUUAAAUUCUGGCUCACCUGGAACGAUAUGGUUACUUGAAAGAAGUAAUGCGCGAACUAUGAAAACAUUAAUUAUUGAUAACAAGAACGUUAGCUCCACUAAACAACUUCCGGUUUUCUUUAAUGAAACUAUCUCUGCUUAUGAAAUCGACAUACUUCGUUUGAAUGGUAACAUAAAAGUGACACCGGACCAUCACAUGGUAAUACAGAAGCUAAUAAGUACUUCACAGACCACGAUAAACAUACCUGAUAAUCUUGUUGUAGAAAUUGAUACCAGUUCUGCUGCAGCAAGCCCGCUUUGCAGUUUCCACGUAGCAAAACAUGGUGAACUUCGACUUCCCUCAUCAGUAACUUUUCUAGGACCUGAUAACCAGUUCUCUGGAACAAUCACCGGUGUCCUUGACAUGGUUAUUGGCGAAGGUCGGCGAACAACUUUGUCCAAUUCAGCCAGGACUGCACUUUUUGUUGAUGGUAACUACACAUUUAUAUCAAGACGAGGUGAAUACAAGUUUGCAUCAUUGCUUCUCAAAAGUAACGCUUUACUGACAUUUGAAAAUUCUAACCAGACCGAAGUGCCACUGUCGUUUGCGACAUUGGAGUUACGAUACGGCUCUAGAAUAAAAGGAAGCUGGCUUAAUAUUCAGGCUGUGAGCAUAGUUGUGCACUUGGGAGCCAAGAUAGACCUUAGUGAGAUGGGACAUAAAGGCGGUUCUGGUGAGGGUAGAGGAGCAUUUAAGAAUAACUAUGGACAUGGGGCUGGACAUGCUGGUAUAGGAGGUGGUAAAGAUAGUUCUGGCGGAACGUGGUAUGGCGAAAUGGUUACACCAAACGAGUUUGGUAGUGGUGGAGGUGGAAAUGUUUCAUCUUAUGGAGGUAAAGGAGGAGGAUAUAUUAAGAUAAAAACGAGUCAAGAUUUUGUCGUUGAUGGCUCAAUUUCAGUGGAUGGAGGUAGUUGUUUACUGACUGCUUGUGGCGGUGGAAGUGGUGGAAGCAUUUACAUAGAGUCUAGAACUGUUCGUGGUGUUGGACGUAUAGCUGCAAAUGGUGGAAAUGGGUUUGGAAAUGGUGGUGGUGGAAGUGGUGGGCGUGUUGCUCUUCAUCUCAACGAUAAAAUGAUAUUUCAAGGACGUUUUCAAGUUGAGGGAGGGAAAGGACAACACAUCGGAUCAUCAGGAACGGUAUAUAUUGAGGAAGACAAAAAUCGUAUUCCAAAAAAGAUUGUUAUUGUUGACAAUCAUAUCAGAACAUCAAAUCUUAAACCGAAGACAUUUUUAACGAACACCAACAUGGCCAUCGUUUCAUUAGAUGAGUUAAGAGUUCAAGGUCCAGCCAGCGUGUGGUUCGUAAAUAAAAACAAAUCAAGCACACUAGGAAUGGAGAUCUCUGUCACAGAACUGAAAGCUGACCGUAAAGCUGAAAUUGUCAUUCAAGCCAAUCAAAUUAUGUUCUCUGCUGCAAGUGAAUCAGAGGAAACGUCGUUUACACUACGCACUAAUCUAGUUGUCGAGGAAAUGGGAUUGUUUGUUACAGCUUCAAAACUUUCUAUUGAUGGUGUAGGAUUAACUGUAAAGGGGCGUUUAAUGAAUGUAAGAGAUCUUACUCUGGAAACAGGUGGUAGUGUGACGUUUUCUGAAAAUUCGGAGACCGGAGUUUAUCUGAAAGGAUUUGGUUCAGUAUUUGUUUCUAAGCGGGGUAAUCAACUUUUUGGAAGCCUAACGCUAAAAAGUGGAUCAAAAUUCAGUGCACCGCAAAGUUUAAGAAUACAAGUGGCGUCCAUGAUUGUGAAAAAUGGGGUUUUACUCGUGAACGACUUACAAAUAAGUGCUGGUACAAUAACGCUUGAACAAGGAGCUAUGAUUUCAGCCGACGAUGUGUCAGCCGGUGGUCAGGGCUCUGGACUGUUGGAUUCAAAUAUAGGAUCUGGAGGUAGCUACGCGAGUCCAGGUGGUAAGAAUGAGGAAGAUAGAUCGUACGGUAGCUUAUUUAAACCUGAACAUCCAGGAAGUGUUGGUGGAAAUGGAUAUUUACCAGGUAGUGGAGGCAAAGGUGGAGGUGUCAUUGUAAUCAAAGCAACAUUGUUUAAUCUUGAUGGCAAACUUACUGCUAAUGGAGGUAGUGGAGAUGAAGGAACAAAUGCAGGAGGAGGAAGUGGUGGAAGUAUUUAUAUUGAAGUAGAUAACCUUCUUGGUAAAGGUGAAAUCAUUACAAACGGUGGUACAGGAGAUGGUAGAGGUGGUUGUGGAAGUGGUGGGCGUAUUGGCAUUGUCUUAAAAUCUCGUUUCCGAUAUCGUGGUAAGAUGAGCAGUGCUAGUCUUAAUUGUGCAAAUCGGCAGAACAAUGGAGGUCCUGGAACUAUUUUUGUCAACGAAGUAAAAAACAGACGAAUUUAUACAAAAAUUAUUGUAGAUAAUCGUUUUGCCAAUCCAGAUAUAUUUGUCUCUUUGAACGAAAGCCAUCUGGAAUAUAAUUUCGACGAAUUAGAACUUCGUGGAGGCGCAUCACUUCAAUUAAAGAAACAUCCUUAUCAACAACAGAUACUUAAAGUUGGACUCUUGUCAGGAGAUAGAACUGGUUUAGUUUACAUCCACCGAAAUCAGACAUUAGUUGUCAGCGACAAAACCCCUGCUCGCAUACCUGUGAGUUUUAAAGUGGAUGAAGGUGGAUUUGUUAUUGUCCCAGAAAAUCUAAUCGUGGUAGGUUUGCGGAAAUACUCGAUUGAGUCAUUUGGCACCAUCCUUGGCAUUCGAAACAUGGAACUUGCUCGUGAUCGAGUGGUUAGGUUUUAUGACACUUCAAUACUUGAUAUAAAAAAGGAUAUAAGCGAUUUUACACCAUCAAAAGGAGUACUUGAGUUUGGUUCCCUUAUUCUACACAGCAGCAGCUCUCUGAUUAUUGAUGAUUUGACUCGAAUUAAAAUUCAAGCUGAAAGUGUCAACAUUAAGUACAACGCAUCCAUCAUUUCAUUUUCACUUGAGUUUAGUGUAUCCACCCUUCAUGUUGAAAUUGGUAGUCGUAUCGACUGUUCUGGAGACAAUGUCAUAACAAAGAACAAAACUAUGGCAACAGAACUUGAAACUGGUGGUGGUGCCGGACAUGGUAGUGAUGGUGGAAAUGGUACUCUUGGAGGUGGUUCAUACCACGGAUCACUCUAUAAACCUACUGAACUUGGCAAAGCCGGUGGCUCCAACGUUUUGGGUGAGAAAGGUGGUCAUGGAGGAGGAAGUCUUCUUAUAACAGUUGGAUCUCGUUUCAUUGUAGAUGGAACCAUUACAGUUUCUGGAGGAUCAGCUAGAUCUGGUAGCAAUGCAGGAGGUGGUAGUGCUGGAAGUGUUCUCGUGCGAACCUUUUCAUAUCGUGGAUAUGGUGUGAUGAAUGCUCGUGGUGGAGCUUCUGGAGGUAGUUUUUCUGGAAGUGGCUCUGGUGGCAGGAUUGCUGUAUACAUCGAGAAAGAUAAUUUAUACCGCGGAAUUUAUCAUGCAUCUGGUGGUAAAGCAACACAGGGACGACAUGGUGGUCCAGGCACAAUAUUUCAACAAUAUCCUAAAAACAAACGCUUAUAUGUUCAGUUGAUGUUUGGUGAAAGGACGGGAAGUAAUCUUGUUUUUGUAACAUUAGAUGAAAAGAAUGUAACAGAAUACGUAUUUGAUGAAGUUAUACUUGAAAAAACGACAGCUUUAAAACUUAAAGAAGAUGGCGUUACGCGAAUCCUGAAAAUUGUGAAACUAACUGGUGAUGGUACAGGGUAUAUUUAUAUUGGAAGGAAUCAUACAUUCAAUAUCCAAGGAUCGACGGGCCAUGGUGAUAUCUCAAGACCUGCUGUAAAUUUAAAUAUUGACUUUCAAGGCACUGCACUUUUCGACAAAUCCCUUUAUGUUGUUGGUGACAGUCCGUCAAGCCCAAACCAGAAUGCAUUGCGUCUGAACGGACAAAUUAUUGGUGUACAACAUUUAUAUUUGACAAGGGAACGUAAGAUGCUAUUUAUGUCCACAGCUCAAACAAUAAAAUAUGAAGAUGAUAGGCUUGUUGCUGAUCCACUUGGAACGUUUGUUUUUGCUACAUUUGAGGCUCAUGAUGGUGCUCGUUUAACAUUCAACACAAAACAUGGAAUGAAAGGAAUAGCAGGAAAAAUGGAAAUAAAAUAUGGAGCAAAGAUUUUUGCUGAUCAGUUCAUUUUGAACAUUACAACAUUGAAUGUCCAAACAGGUGGAGAAAUGACAGCUGCAGGGAAAGAUAGACCUAAUAUUAUUAAAGCAAAUUCACCUGUAGUCGAUUGUAAUAGUGGUGGUGGUGGUGGAUAUGCUAGUGAAGGUGGAAUUCAUGGUCAAUCAAGCACGUCAGCAAAACCGUAUGGAAAUUUGUAUUUCCCAAGAGCAUUUGGUACCAACGGAUGUGGUGGUGGAAGCAUCAAUGGUAAUGCAGGUGGGUUAUUUUUCCUCACUAUUGCCAGCAAUUUACAUCUUGAUGGUAAUUUAACUGUCCAUGGUCAAAACGGCGGUUCGUAUACUUCUGGAGGAGGUAGCGGUGGCAGUAUCUUGAUUGAAACUUUGCAGUUCACGGGAAAUGGAGUUCUUGAUGUUUCUGGAGGAAAUGCCAAAUAUCAUGAGUCCGGUGGAGGAUCAGGUGGACGACUUGCACUAUAUAUUAAAUCGAAAAGUAGAUUCUUUGGAGAAUAUCUUGCAUUGGGUGGUACAGCUGGGAAUUUAAUGAAUGAUUUGAGUCGAGCUUCUGGAGGACCUGGAACUGUAUAUAUCAACGAACUUAUCAACCAAAUGCCAUACAAUCGUUUGGUCAUAGACAAUAAAAAUCGACCUUUCAGUCAUUAUGUUACACUCAACGAGUCUAUUUCUCUAUACGAGUUCAACGAGGUACAACUAAAGAGAAAAGCUUCACUUCACAUAGUAAAAGAUGGAAAGCAAUCAAAUGUUACCAUUCAUAAAAUUCUUGGAGAUGGCACUGGCCUCAUUCAUAUGCAUGAGAAUCAAGUUUUAACUGCUGAAGUCCAGGAUGCCAGACGCACAAUAACUCGCGCUCAAACAAACUUUAAGUUAGAUGUAGGUUCAUCAGCUAUAAUGUCAACAGUAGUGCACAUGAUAGGAAAGGGAGAAGUCGCAUUUCAUUGGCAAGGAAGAUUAAUAAACGUAAUGAAUUUGCAUCUGGCCUACAAGAGAAAAGCAUUUAUUGGUAUCGAGGCUCACACUGGAACUAUUGAAAACAAUAAAUUUGUCUCUUCUGAAACUGAAGGAACUUUUCAUUUUACAACUUUGGAGUUUGGCAGCAAAUCUCUAGUAGACUAUCCUUCGCCUCAUGGAAUGCAUUUCACAGUAGGAUUCUUGGAUAUAAAAUAUGAUUCGCAGUUCAACGCAGAGUUCUUCAAAAUUCAAGCAACAGACUUUUUCCUUGAGAUUGACGCAGAAAUCAAUUGCAAAGGUCGUGGAUACGUUCAUUAUACUGCUGGUGCAGGAGGUAAUGCUACUAAUGGUGGAUCUGGGGCUAGCCAUGCGACGCUAGGAGGUAACAGUAGCAAUCAGAAACAUGGAAAAACAUAUGGCUCUUUGUAUGAGCCAGUUAGUGCUGGCAGUCGUGGUGGAAUGGGCUCUAAUAACGUUCUUGGUGCUCGUGGUGGUGGUGUUGUUAGAAUUAUUGUUGGGAAAUCGUUCCGUUUGGACGGGAUCGUUAAUGUUGACGCAAACAAUGCCAGCACUGGAUCUGGUAGCGGAGGUGGAAGUGGCGGAAGUGUAUGGAUUACAACGAAUUAUUUCAAAGGUCAUGGCACGAUAUCUGCACGUGGAGGUCAAGGUAACACGUAUGCAUCGGCACUUGGUGCAAGCGGAGCAGGUGGGCGUAUAGCUGUUCACAUGCGUAAAGAAGACGAGUAUCGAGGAACAUAUUCAGCUUUAGGUGGUUUAGGCUCUGCUUCAAGACAUGGUGGCUCAGGAACAGUCUACGUAGAAGAGACAAAGGGCAUCAACAUACAUACUAGGUUGUAUAUUGAUAACAACAACGCUUUACCAGUCAAAGAAUUUCUUUUAGACGAAAGAAAUCCACGUGAAAGUUAUCAUCAACGAGUUGAUGGUAUCCUAACAAAUUAUCAUUUUGAUGAGCUCAUGUUGCUUAAUCAGGCUGUAUUCAAAAUCGAAAAACCUUCUGAAAGGGCAACAUUGAUUCCUUCAAUAUACAUUGGCUUGGUAUACGGUGAUGGAACUUCUUUUCUUUAUGUUAAAAGUAACCAAAGUUUCUAUUGUGAAUACCAAAAAGCUACCAACAAGAGAUCUAAUCCUAAAGUUAACUUUUAUGUGGAAGAGCAUGGCGACUUAGUCUCAGUCAAUGAUUUGCGUAUUAGUGGAAGUAAGAUCCCAGCUUUAGAUCUCCGUGGGACACUCCGUGGAGUUACCAAGCUUACGUUAAGUUCGUCUAAAGUGUUUCAAGUUGGCCCAACUGGCUCUGUCGUAGUCGGAAUACAUCGUGAAAAUUCGUCAUCAGUCGCAAUUAAUCUUGGUAUGCUAACAUUAGAAUACAAUGCUAAGUUGCAAUUUGCUGAAAUUGGAGAGAUGGAUAUUGGAUAUUUAACAAUGCGUCAGAAGACAAGAGUUUCUGCAAAAUACGUCUCAAUUAAAUCAACCUCCAUUGACAUUGAAGGAGAAGGAAUAAUAAGUACCACUGCGCGAUUUAAUGGCCUAGGUCGUGGAUCUGGAAAUAACAGUGGUGAUACUGGAUCUGGUGGUGGUCAUGGUGGUUAUGGAGGUGGCUUUAACAACAUUGGAGGAGGUAAUCCUUAUGGAUCAUACAGUCAACCUUCUCAUCCCGGAAGCAAAGGUGGAGGAACAGGAGGAGGAAAUGGAGGAAAUUUGAUAAAGAUUGAAUCUGGAUAUAGUCUUCACCUUGAUGGAUUGAUUGAAAGUAAUGGCGGAAAUGCAUCAAGAGAUGGAAGCGGUGGUGGUAGUGGUGGAAGCAUUUUUAUCAAAACAUUAAAAUUCUCUGGUCAUGGAAGUAUUCAAGUCAAUGGAGGAAAUGCUCAAGGUAGUGGUGGUGGAGGUUCAGGAGGAAGACUCGCUGUACAUGUUUCUUGGCUUCGGGAAUACACAGGAACAUAUCUUGCACUUGGAGGUUAUGGUAAUCCUGCUGGUGCAUGUGGAACAAUUUACUAUACAGAUACAAAUUCAGGACUUUCUCAUAGACCUGUAACAAUUGACAAGUUCAACAACACUGUAUUUGGAGAGGGAUUUACAAAAUUGAUAUUGGACAAUCAAAACCGCAAUAAGUUUAUACCAACUUUGAUCGAAAAAGAAACCAAUAAGUAUUACGAGGUUGAUGAACUGGAAAUGCAAAAUCAUGUUGUUUUGUGGAUUGGUGGAUACAAUGCAACGCUUGUGGUUCAUAACUUUACCGGCGAUAGGACUGGAUUGGUUCAUUUACGUAAAACUCAGAAGAUGUUUGUUGAAGUGGUUGAAUCGCACAAGGGAUAUUCAAUUGCUCCUGUCAGUUACAAAGUUGAUUCAGGUGCAGAGAUCACAUUUCCUUCGACCUUGACCCUUCUAGGUACUCGAUGUACAUUUGAUGGUUUAGUGAUUGGUGUUCAUAGUCUUUAUGUUGCUAAGAAUUCUACUGCUUCAUUUACAUCAACCUCACAAACUGGAAUACGAGAGAAUGGAACAUUUACAUUCAUAACAACCAAAGGCAAUAUUACUUUUUCGACCCUCGUCGUGCAACGUGGCUCACUGCUAUCGUUUUCUAGGAAUAACAAUACUUUGGUUUUAACUGCAAGCAUAUUCCGCGUGAAGUAUGAGGGAAUAGUUAGAAUCAAUCAUGGUAAAAUUGACACAUCGUGGGCUUGGGUUGAAAGCCAAGGACAGGUUUUGUUAGAAGGUACCGGACAUGGGAGUGAAACUGGUCCUGGAAAAGGUAGUUCUCACUCGCUGAUAGGUUCUGGUGCUGGCCAUGGUGGUGAAGGUGGGUCGAAUUUUGGAAACCGUGGAAAAUGGUAUGGAUCCUUCCUAAAACCAGAUCACUUGGGAAGUGGUGGUGGAAACGGAGCAGGUACGGGUGGAAAUGGGGGUGGAAAGUUGAAAUGGGUUGUUGGACAAACAAUUGAAUUAGAUGGCGUUGUUUCAUUACGAGGCUCUGAUGGCAAAGGUAGUAAUUCUGGUGGAGGAAGUGGAGGAAGCUUGUUUUUAGAGUGCACAAAUUUUACUGGCUAUGGAAGCGUUAAUGUGAUUGGUGGAUCAGGGAAAGGUCUAGGAGGAGGUGGCUCUGGAGGCCGAAUUGCAAUUCAUAUACGAUUUCGUCAUAAAUUUUCUGGAUCAUAUUUAACAUACGGGGGAUCAGGGGAUACCUACGGUGCCUCUGGUACUGCUUACGUACAAGAAAAUGCCCGAGGACCGCAAUAUGCUGAUAUUAAAUACGAUAGAGAGACAAACUCGACUCAGACUACAUCCACUCAUAGAUUUAUUCAUAUCGACAACUGGAAUAGGCAGACUAAGUCCUCCACGGGACUUGUGGAAUACAAUCGAGACCAUUAUGAGUUUGAUGAAAUGUUCUUAACUCGUCAUGCGAAUCUUCAAGUCGACCAUCCGUUGACAUCACUCAAUGUAACCGUAGUUGUGCACCAUUUCCUUGGCGAUGCAACCGGACGAGCACAUAUGCGAAAAAAUCAGACUAUUUAUGUGGAAGUUGUAGAAUCAGUAACUAACGAAACAACUGCUCCUUGCAGCUUUAAAAUUGAUCAAGGUGCUGAGAUUGUCUUUCCAUCCAAGGUCAAUAUUUAUGGCACGCGCUCGGAAAUUGACGGACGCAUUACGGGUGUACACGAUCUCAUAAUUGCAAUUGGAGGCGUUAUAGAGUUUUCAUCGACUGCUCAAACUGCCAUUGUUGAGAAUAGACAAUAUUUGCGUAUUGAUAAUGGUAAUUUCACAUUUGGUUCCGUCCUUGUUGAAAGGGGCUCAAAAAUUAUAUUCACGAAAGUAAAUAACACUUUAAUUUUAAACAGCGCAGUAUUUAGGGUUAUGUAUGAAGGUACUAUGGUAAUGAAUCAUGGUAUCAUACGCAAUUCGUUUGCGUGGGUAGAAAGCAAAGGGUUAUUAAAGCUUGACGGCACAGGUUACCCAUCCGAAGAAGGUCCUGGUAAAGGCAAAACAGUCAACAACAUUGGUGGUGGUGCAGGUCAUGGUGGAGAAGGUGCAGCAAGCGGCGGUGGAUUACCGUAUGAUUCAGUUUAUAAACCUCGUGAGUUAGGUAGUGGUGGUGGUCGUGGUCUUGGUGUUGGUGGUUCUGGUGGAGGAAGCCUUCUUUGGGAGGUAGCAAAGUCACUUCAAAUUAAUGGUCUGUUAUCAGCAAACGGUCAAAACGGGAGCGGUAUCAAUUCUGGUGGUGGAAGUGGUGGAAGUAUUCUUAUUAAGACAACUAAUAUGUCCGGGCAUGGCGAAAUCUCGGUGGCUGGUGGCCAGGGUAUUGGUGUUGGUGGAGCUGGUGCUGGUGGGAGAGUUGGUAUCCAUUGUAGAUGGAGAUAUAAAUAUGGUGGAAAGUUCACUGACCAUGGUGGUCACAGCCAGAUUGGUGCUCCAGCUGGGACUGUUUAUAAGGAAGAAAAUUUCAGACCAUUGCAGUACCGACAUCGUAAGUAUUCCAAGACAACAAACACAACUUUCCUUGCCGUUGAUCAUACAUACUUACAUGUUGACAAUGAAGGAUAUGAUGUAGUUGGUGCAACAAUGAUUAUGGAAGAAAAUACCACUGAAUAUGAAUUUGAUGAAAUGGAGCUUACAGGUCACAGUAGAUUGAUCGUUUACCAUCCCAAUAACAGUGUAGUUAACGUUACUGUUCAUCGAUUCAUCGGCGACAAAACCGGACAAUUCCACAUUCGUGACAAGCAAAGAGUGUAUGUUGAAGUGGUCGAAUCAAUUAGCAACAAAACGGAAGCUCCUUGUAGUUACCGUAUUGACCUUGGCGCUGAAGUGAUUCUUCCUUCUGAAUUUCAUGUUCAUGGAACUCGCACAGUUUUGGAAGGAUUAAUAACAGGAGUGCAUCGUCUUUUUGUUUCUAGUGGUGCUUUCGUUGACUUCACCUCGACGGCACAAACAGCUUUAGUUGAAAACGCAACAUAUGUGUUUGUAUCUGAACCUGGCAAUCUUUCGUUUGCUAAUGUGAUUAUAAAGCGAAGAGGUGAUAUAGAGUUUCGAAGAGUGAGCAAUUUUCUCCGUUUGAACUGUGAUGAGCUGACUGUGAAAUAUUAUGGCAAGUUAAAUAUUAACCAUGGUGAGAUCUUUAGCACAUACGGAUGGCUUGAUAGUAAAGGAGUAAUAAGUAUGGAUAACGUUGGUUUCUCUGCUGAGCAAGGACCUGGUUCAGGGACCACAGAGGAAAAUAUUGGAACUGGCGCUGGAUAUGGUGGUACUGGAGGGCAUAAUGGAGGAAAGGCAUAUGGUUCAGUGCUCUCACCAAUGCAUCUUGGCAGUGGAGGUGGCAAUGGUCAAGGAACAGGCGGCUCUGGCGGUGGUUAUCUCGUGUGGAAGAUCAGUAAAUACCUAGAACUUAAUGGUGAGCUUACUGCAAACGGUAAAAAUGGAGAAGGCCCCAAUUCAGGAGGGGGAAGCGGUGGAAGUAUACUAAUUGAAACGACAAAUAUGACUGGUCACGGUAGAAUAUCCGUUAAAGGUGGUCAAGGUGCAGGAAAUGGUGGGGGUGGCUCUGGUGGUAGAGUUGCAAUUCAUUGCAGAUGGAGGUACACAUUUGGUGGCAAAUUUUCUGAUCGUGGUGGACAGGGUAAUAAAUAUGGUGCUCCUGCUGGGACUAUUUACAAAGAAGAAAACCUACGGCCUUUACAAUACCGCGAAUUGAAGUACAGCAAGAGCAGAAACUUGACAUAUCUCGCCGUCGAUCACACAUACGUCCAUAUUGAUAAUGAAGGUUAUAAUGUCCCAGGAGCAACUGUAUUGAUUGAAGAAUAUACGUCAGAGUAUGAAUUUGAUGAAAUGGAAUUAACUGGAUAUUCAAGAUUGUUGUUGCAUCAUCCUGAUAAUGUGACCAAUGUUACUGCAACUGUUCACAGGUUUAUUGGAGAUGGUACUGGCCAGUUUCAUAUUCGGCAACAUCAAAGGGUCUUUGUUGAAUACAUUGAGUCGGAGAAUAACCGCACUGAAGCACCUUGUAGCUAUUUGAUCGAUCAAUACGCCGAAGUAAUUCUUCCUUACGAGUUUCAUGUUCAUGGUGUACGAACCAAAAUUCAUGGUCUUAUUACCGGUGUUCAUCAUUUAUUUGUCGAAGAAGGUGGCAAUGUUCGAAUUACAUCCACUGCCCAGACUGCUUUUCUGGAGAAUCGUACCUACGUUGAUCUCACAAGACCUGGAAACAUAUCAAUUUCAAAAAUCGUGGUUAAGAACGGUGGUACACUUGAUUUAUUACGCAAAAAUGACGUGAUCAUUGAAGUAAAGUCAAGCUUCUUUGAAAUUAAAUACAAAGGAAAGGUAUUAAUGAAUCAUGGUGUGUUGUAUACGUCUGUUGGAGAUGUAGAGACAGAUGGACUCUUGGAUUCGUAUGGAAAAGGAUUGCCAUCUGCCACAGGUAUUGGAAAAGGUAUUCGGGUUGGUAUUGUUGGAACAGGUGCAAGUCAUGGAGGCCUUGGAGGGGCAGUCAAUGAUAUUGAGGGGCAGGCUUAUGAUUCUGUGUUUAAGCCAUUAAUGUUAGGAAGUGGUGGAGGAAAUGGUGUUAAUGGUGUGGGAGGACAAGGUGGUGGUAGUAUCCGUUGGCAAGCACAAGACCAUUUACACCUCGACGGUUUGAUUACAGCACAAGGGACAAACGGAGCAUUGCGCUCUGGGGGUGGAAGUGGCGGAAGUGUUCUUGUGGAAGCAUUAAAUAUGAGUGGGCAUGGUGAAAUAAAUGUCAAUGGUGGAAAUGGGAUGAAUGGAGGUGGUGGAGGAGCAGGCGGACGAAUUGGUGUGCACGUUGAUUUCAAGAACAAAUAUGGCGGAGUGUUCAGGGCAGUUGGUGGAACUGCAAAUUCAAAUCAGCUUAAUGGUGGUGCAGGAACUGUUUAUAAAUACGAGAGCAGUCGUGGUCCACAAUAUCGUGAGAUAAAAUACAAUCCACAAGGAAACCUUACUGACUUUAAACCCGAACAUUCAAAACUAAAGAUUGAUAAUGAAGGAAAUAGCACAGAUUUUCCUGCUACAGUCAUGGAAAAUCAAACUGUAUUCUAUGAAUUUGAUGAAAUGCAAGUUGAAGGAAACGCUCACGUAGUUUUUUAUCAUCCAACUGGAGCUCGAAACGUAACAGUUGUCGCUCACGAAGUGACCGGUGAUAAAACUGGGGUUAUCAAAAUGACUGCCCGCCAAAAACUGUUUGUUUUUGUGGUUGAAAGCACACAUACAUAUCUUGAUGUUCCCUGUGGAUUCUUUAUCAGUGAAUACGCUGAAGCCGUGUUUCCAACCGAGGUUAUUUUACGAGCCGAAAGUACGACUUUACAGGGUCGUUUGACUGGAGUUGAAAGACUGAUUAUUGAAAGAAAUGGUAACCUGGUGAUCAGUGGAACUGCCCACACAAAUGCUCUUCAAAAUCGUUCAUUUUGGUAUACGGACCAACUUUUUGAGCCAUUCUUUCCUGGGAAACUUCUGAUUCCUGAACUGGUUGUUACAAAUGCUGGACGUCUUAAUGUUGCUCUAAAUCCAUAUCGCUGUGAGUUUGUUUCGUCUGAUGUUACUUUGAAAAAAGGUGGUGUUUUUAAAGUCAACACUCGAGAAAUGUUCUUCACCUUGGAUAGAAUUGUUGUUGAAAGUGGUGCAAAACUUGACGGAGAUGGGGGGUAUUCUGCACGGGAAGGUCCUGGUGCAGGAAUUUAUAGAGAAGGAGGAAGUUAUGCAUCUCUUGGAGGGAAUGUUGCAAGUAAAAAGUAUUAUGGAUCCUUUUACAUACCUCAUCAUCCAGGAAGUGGAGGAUAUGCUGCAUCUGGUGGUUCAUGGAUAAAUGUUACUGCUGGGGGAUUUGUCAAAGUGGAUGGUACAUUAAGUAAUUCUGGUUUGUUUGGUUCUGGUGGUGGUGGAAGUGGUGGAAGUCUGUUGAUAUACUCACCAUUCCUGCUUGGUUAUGGACAAAUUAUAUGUAAUGGAGGAAAUUCAGUCCUCGGUGCUGGCUCCGGAGGUCGCAUUGCUACGUACUUGACUGAACCAUUUGAUUUCCGUGGAGUCAUUGGUGCUUACGGAGGCAAUGGUUCUAGCCCAGGUGGGCCUGGCACAACUUACAUACAGAUCCGUAAUGGGGUUUCAGUAAAGCGAAUACUAAAAGUAUAUGGUCAGAAUAGACAGACAGGACGUAAGGUGUUUUUGAAUGAAUCUGGAGGAUAUUAUCAUGUUUUUGAUACAUUGGAAAUAGGUGGUAAAGCACUUGUAUCUCUACAACAGGUUUUGGGACGCGUACCGGAGAUAACAGUUCGUCACUUCUCGGGAGACGGAACUGGCGUACUUGAUGUGCUUUCGAUAACUCGUGUUUACACACACCAUAACAUCAAACGCCUGCGCUCAUUGGUAAACUUUGAUGUCCAACAAGGUGGUGAAUUGAUUCUUCCACUGCUCACCGAGUUAGUGGGAAAGCGCAAUCCUUCAUUGGAGGUCCACGGUGCUAUUUACGGCAUUAGAGAACUCAGGAUACACUCUUCAAGUCACGCAAAAUUACAUUUGAGUGGUCAUUCUGGUUGUUUCAAUUGCUCUAGUAAGUAUAUGAAUGCAGAUCUAAGACGUAAAUAUUGGUUUAAUCAAGUGAUUGUAAAAGCUGGAGGAAAAUUUGAAAUUGUGUCGGCUCAAUCGAAUGUAAGUAAAGCAGUCCAGAUCCACACCAGUGCUACGGUAGUGCAAUAUAACGGAAUGGUUAUUUGCGAUGCUAUGGAAUUGCAAACAAAAUACAUGAAAACUGAACACGAUUCCCGAUUUUUUGGUUCUGGUAAAGCAGCAAGUAACGGUUUGGGGCCUGGAACUAGCUGUGGAGUCGCUGGAAGCGGUGCAGGACAUGGUGGAAAAGGAGGUAGAAGUGGUAUUUGUAGAAGUGGCAAUCGCUGCAGAACUCAUCGUUUUGUUGAAGGUGGAAUAACCUACGGUAAUGUUUGUAAUCCCGUUCUAUCUGGUAGUACUGGUGGCCAUGGUGGUCAAGGUGGUGGUGUCAUGCGCUUGUUCAUAAGUACCUUGGUUGAUCACGAAGGACUCUUAGUGUCAAAUGGAAAUGCAGGAAAUAAUGGUGGAGGCGGUGGAAGCGGAGGUAGUGUAUGGUUUGAUGGUGAAGCCAUUGAUGGACAUGGUUCUAUGCAAGUGGUAGGUGGAAAUGGUGACUAUACUACCACCAUUUAUGGCUGCAAUAUUCAUCGUUACGGUGGAGGUGGAGGUGGAGGCUAUAUACGUACUCAGUCCCCCCAGUACAUCAACCGAGCAAUACUGACAAAUGCAAAUAAGAGUACAGCUGUAGCCGGUGGACGAUCUGGUGGAGGUAGUGCUAAAGCGGGUGAAGCUGGCAAGGUAUGUUUUUCAGGUAACGAAUGUAGUGGUAAUGGAAUAUGGUCAAGCCAAGAGCGAAAAUGUGUCUGUAAUAAAAAUUAUUUCGGUGUAAGUUGUUCAUAUUAUUGUGAAGCCAAUCUCACCUGCUUAGGUCAUGGACAAUGUACAACUUUUGGUGGAUGUAAUUGUGACUAUGGUUAUGUUGGUUUCCGUUGUGAGCAUUUUUGCAAUUCAUUUCAUGACUGCAGUGGUAAUGGUGUUUGUGAUAUCCUUGGAAAAUGUGUUUGUAACUCAUGCUAUGGAGGGGACAACUGUGGAUAUUUAUGUUCUGGAAGUGGUACAUGUGAGGAAAAUAUGUGUAAAUGUAAUAACUGCUACUCUGGUGAAUAUUGUGAGAGUGAAUGUAGUGGGCAUGGAAGAUGCGUAAACGGAUCGUGUUUGUGUGAUAAAUAUUGGUUUGGCAGUCACUGUGAACGUGGAGGAUGCCCUGGUUUACCAGUAUGUUCAGGAAAUGGUCUUUGUAACAGUGCUUUGCAUCAAUGUUAUUGUAAUCCAGGAUGGAAAGGUGAUGACUGUAGUAUACUUGAUUGUCCUGGUACACCAAACUGUAACGCGCGGGGUGUUUGUGUAUCAAGUGCUGACGGAGCGAAAUGUGUGAACUGCUCUAAAGGUUGGAUGGGUGCAGCGUGUGAUGAACCAUGUCUACAUGGUGUGCAAUCUCCUAUGAAUAGUGGUUUAUGUCGUUGUGAUCCUUGUUACGGUGGAAAAGGUUGCACAAGCUUAUGUUUGGAACGAGGAUUUUGUGACUCCAAUUCUACAUGCAUUUGUGAUCCUGAUGUUGGUUGGCGCGGUCCUGUUUGUCAAAUACCAGGAUGCCCAGGGGUAAAGGAGGAUUGCAGUGGCCAUGGUGAGUGUAAUGCUGCCCGGCAUUUGUGUACCUGUGAUGAAGGAUGGACUGGUAAAGCAUGUGAUGUCGCUGAUUGCCCUGGAGCCCCAAACUGUUUUGGGCGUGGUUUUUGCAAUGAUUCAUUUCAAACACCACGUUGUCAAAAUUGUUCAAGAGGCUAUAUGGGACCGGCUUGUAAUGACCCUUGCAUAAAUGGACUUCAAACACCAAUGGACAGUGGAAAUUGUGUUUGUUUUCCUGGUUUUGUUGGUGUGGGCUGCGAUAGCGAGUGUUCUGAACAUGGGAAAGUCUUUAAUGGUACCUGCAAGUGUGAUAUUGGAUGGAGGGGAACAUUGUGUGAUAUACCAGGGUGUCCAGGUAUCGGCGAAGAUUGUUCAGGACAUGGAAGCUGCAAUGGGGCGAUUCAAAAAUGUACAUGCUUUAACGGUUGGUCUGGCGAAGGUUGUGAGAUACCCGAUUGUCCUGGAUCUCCAGAUUGUUUCAAUCGAGGUUACUGCAACGGUACUGUUGAUCCUCCUGUAUGUCAAAAUUGUUCUACCGGAUGGAUGGGCACUGCUUGUAAUGAUCCUUGCGUGCAUGGUGUUCAAGAACCUAUGAACAGCGGUAACUGUGUUUGUGAACCAGGCUGGGCUGGAGUGGGAUGCGAUAGUGAAUGCUCCGAAAAUGGCAAAAUAUUAAAUGAAAUUUGCAAAUGCAACGAAGGAUGGAGAGGUAAAUUAUGCGAUAACCCAGGAUGUCCUGGAUUAGAAGAGGAUUGUAGUGGUCAUGGAGAGUGUAACAGUGCGUUACAUCAGUGUACAUGUGAGAACGGAUGGACUGGAACGGGAUGUGAAAUACCUGACUGUCCUGGAAAUCCUGAUUGUCUAGGCAGAGGUUUCUGCAAUACAACAUUUAAUCCACCGCAAUGCACCAACUGUUCUUUUGGAUGGAUGGGAAAUGAUUGUGGAUAUCCAUGCAUUCAUGGAAAACAGUUUCCAAUGGACAGCGGUAUUUGCGUGUGUGAUAACUGCUAUGUUGGUCGUGGCUGUACUCAAGAAUGUUCUGGUAAUGGCAAAUGUCAAAAUGGGACAUGCGUUUGUAAUGAGCUCAGUGGAUGGCGAGGAUCUCUUUGUGAAGUUCCAGGCUGCCCAGGGAUUGGAAAGGAUUGCAGUGGACAUGGUAGUUGCAAUAGUGCGGACAGAAUGUGUAUUUGUGAUCCAGGUUGGACAGGUAGUGGUUGUCACAUACCGGAUUGUCCAGGAACACCAAAUUGCUUUGGUCGUGGAUUCUGCAAUACGACUGAUCGAGAAACUCCUGAGUGUACAGACUGCUCUACGGGAUGGAUGGGACCAGCGUGCAAUGACCCUUGUCUAAACGGUAACCCUGUACAAAAUGGCAGAGUAUGCCAAUGUCAUCCUUGUUUUACAGGUAGUGGUUGUGAAUUAGAAUGCUCAGGACGAGGAAAUUGCGUGAAUGGGAAAUGUCAGUGUCAUUUUAGUAAUGAAGUAGGAUGGCAAGGAAUAAAUUGUGAGCUUAAUGGAUGUCCUGGACCAGAUGGCAACUGUAAUGCCCAUGGCUUAUGCAACACAAACACCCGAAAAUGCGAAUGUGAUCCUUUGUGGAUUGGUCCUGACUGUGGUACUGCAAACUGUGUGGGUGAUCCACCUUGUUCAGGUCAUGGUAGCUGUGAUGCUGCUGCAAUUCCUCGUCGCUGUAAUUGUGAAGCAGAUUGGGCGGGAGAAGCGUGCGAUGUACGGUGUGUUCAUGGUAAAAAUUAUGGAAAUGCUUCUGGUUGUAUUUGUCAGCCAUGUUAUCAUGGAAUUGGCUGCGAUAAACUUUGUUCGGAUAAUGGUCGUUGCGAAAAUCAAAAAUGUGUUUGUAAUUCUACUUUGGGAUAUAAAGGUGACAUAUGUGAAAGACCAGGUUGCCCUGGAUGGCCUGAAGACUGUAGCGGACAUGGAUCAUGUAAUCUAGCAACCCAAGAAUGUUCCUGUGAUCCUGGAUGGCUAGGACCAUCAUGCAGCUGGAUUGAUUGUCCUGGUACGCCUGACUGUAACAAUCACGGGAUAUGUAUUCCUCCUUCAGAAAAUAGUAUGAGUAAUCAAGGCACGUGCAACUGCUCAAAAGGUUGGAUGGGUGAAGCGUGUGAAUCUCCGUGCAUUCAUGGAAAACCCACGAGUGACUAUAUCUGUCAAUGUGAUCCAUGUUAUAACGGUGCAGAUUGCUUAACACUGUGCUCUAACAGAAGCAAUAUUUGCACUGAAGGAAAGUGUAGUUGUGGUAUUGAUGGCUGGCGCGGUGAGUUUUGUGAAAGAAGAGGAUGUCCGGGAAUCGACGUUGACUGUUCUGGACAUGGGACAUGUUUUGCUGAUACACAGACAUGUACAUGUGAAACUGGCUGGAGAGGUAAUGGUUGUCAAUAUAAGGAUUGCCCUGGCGAACCUGAUUGCAAUGGAAAAGGACGCUGUGUUAUUGCUGACAAUGGCAGACCUAUAUGCGUAGAUUGUGCUAAAGGUUGGAUAGGUAGAGCUUGCCAGACUCGUUGUGAGCACGGCAAGGCCUCCGUGAACAAUCCAGAAGUAUGUGUUUGCGAUCCUUGCUACACAGGUUUUAGUUGCAACCAGUUAUGUUCAGGUCGUGUUAAUGCUUCUUGCGUCAACGAUAAGUGUGUUUGUGGAUUUGAAGGAUGGAGAGGAGAUCUUUGUGAUGUACCUGGGUGCCCUGGAUUAAACAACAUCGACUGCUCUAAUCGUGGAACCUGUUUCAGUUUACAGAAAGUUUGUGAUUGCAAUAGGGGUUGGACUGGGUCUGGUUGCCAUAUUCCUUUAUGUCCCGGUCAACCACAGUGUAGUAAUCAUGGACAAUGCGUGGUUACGUCAAAUAUCCCUGCUUGUACCUGUGACGAAGGUUGGAUGGGAGAAGCAUGUCAAACACUGUGCCUUAAUGGAACCGUAAUGAGAACUGAAAAUAAUGAAGACUUUUGUUCAUGCAAUGAUUGUUUCAAUGGAAUAAGUUGUGAUGUUGAAUGUUCAUCCAGAGGCGUUUGCAUUAAUGAUACUUGUGAUUGUGGGUUUGAUGGUUGGCGAGGUAAAACUUGUGAUGUUUUACGAUGUCCAGGUUUGGGAAGUGAUUGCAGCGGACAUGGAGACUGUAUUCCUUCAUUGCAACAGUGUAAUUGUAAAGCUGGCUGGAAAGGAAGAGGGUGCGAGAUACCACACUGUGCUGGUGGUGGUGACUGCACUAGUCAAGGUAUAUGUGAUGGUACAAAUUAUGAUCCUCCAGUUUGUAUAUCUUGCAACGAUACCUAUUUUGGUAGAGGAUGUGAGAGAAGAUGCUUUAACGGAAGUGUAAUUAAGACUACUGACAAUAGCCUGGCAUUACGCAAUGAAGAAUGCAGGUGUGAUUCUUGUUACAGUGGAGUGGACUGUGCACUAGAGUGCAAUGGGCGUGGUCAUUGCAAUAAUGGAACCUGUAGAUGUGACGUGGGAUGGCGUGGGGAGAAAUGUGGUAGAAUUGGUUGUCCAGGAGUUGGGGAGGAUUGCAGUGGACAUGGUAGAUGUUUGAGUUUGGAACAAGAGUGUCACUGUGACAAAGGAUGGAAAGGUCUUGGUUGUGAAAAUCCUGACUGUCCUGGUGUUCCUGAUUGUAAUGGUAAAGGAACAUGUGAUGGAAGUACAGAACCACCACGAUGUAUUAAUUGCACUGAUAACACAAUGGGUACAGCUUGUGAGCUACCUUGUAUUUUUGGUAAAGAGGAUCCGCCCAACAGUGCUAUUUGUAAAUGUGAUUCAUGUUACCAGGGUCUGGCUUGUGAUAUUAAAUGCUCAUCUCGUGGGGAAUGUGUAAACAACAAAUGCGUGUGUAAUGAAGGAUGGCGAGGGGAGUAUUGUGACAUCUCUGAUUGUCCAGGUGAACCUGAUUGUUCUAAACGUGGUGUGUGUGUUCGAGCAUCCGAAAGUGUCCUUCCUGAAUGUCUAUGUAAUCCUGGCUUUGGUGGAGCUAAUUGUAGUGAGCUGCUAUGUCCUGGAAAUCCUCCAUGUAACAGCCGUGGGGAAUGUGUACUUUUUGAUGGUGAAAACGUCCCUCGUUGCAAGUGUCAGCAUAAUUACAUUGGACAGGCCUGCGAGCAAUGUGCUCAGCGGUACAGUGGAACAAACUGCGAGGAGUGUGUUGUUGGAUUCAUUGGUUGGCCAAUUGGAUGUAAUGUAUCGUGUUUCCAUGGAGAUGCAGUUGGAUCACGACAAGACAACUGUGUGUGUCAUAACGACACUGCGCUUGGUUUUUGGCAAGGAGAAGACUGCUCAGCGUGUCAAGAAGGUUGGAAUCAGCCCGACUGCAAGAGAUGUGAUAAAACUCAUGUUGGAGAUCGUUGUGAGGUGGUUUGCCAUACAGACAAUGCUCAUUAUAGCGACCCACGUGAUGGAAAUAUGAAUAAAGGAGCAGUAAUACCUAUGGUGAACUGUGUUUCAUCUAAAUCCAGCGAAUAUGUAUUGGUUUGGUUUGGAUAUAACAAUACAAACACACAUAAUGUUUACCUUCAACCUGGUCCACUAAAUUUCUUCAGUGCUUUGUCUCCAUCGAUAGAGCCUGGUGGCGAAUUGGGAUUUCUUCUAAUAUCCAGCAGCACAAGAAAAGUCAACUCUGAAAUAAGAAAAGAUAUGGGGCAAACAAGAAAAUUCCUACCUGGCGAAAAUAAGAAUGUCUUCUCCCUGACGUUGAAGAAAUCAGAUCCCGUAUUUUGGGUAUUAGAUAAUCCUUUGUCAAAUUCAAGACACUUUGUGAAGUAUGAUCCAACUUUUCCAUCAUACUCGGCCUGUUCUGAUGUUGAAAACUUGACGCAAGUAGAAAUGAAGAUGUGCGUAUGCAAUGAAGGAUACUGGGGCUCUAGCUGCGAUAAACAGUGUCCUGGAGGAGCCUUGUCACCCUGCUAUAACCACGGAAUCUGUAGCAAAACAACUGGAAAAUGUGAAUGUGAACCAAAGUGGCGUGGUGAUCUGAAUUGCUCUACAUGUGGACCUGGUUGGACUGGUCAAAACUGUUCACUUGUAGUUACUCCACGUUCUAAUGUUAGUGCAAUUUGUACUGGAUAUGGAAGCAUCAUUACGCUGGAUGGUGUUGGAUAUAAGAUUGAAGAGUCUGGAGAACAUGUACUGUUUUCUUUUAACGAUCUCAAGAUUUUAAUCAACAUUGUUCCUUGCUAUCACACCAGAAGAUGUAUCAACACAAUAGCUUUAGUAUUCAUGACAUCAACCAUAGUUAUUCAUGCACCAUAUGAAAAUGGUGGCGAUCCAAUAGUGUGGGUUGAUAAAGUCAAAUCAUCAUCCCUGGAAACAGUUUUUCAAUCAAAUCAUAACGUAUUCGUUUUAACGAGAGUAUCUCUGGAGCAUUUCAAGCUCAUUUCAAAGAACAACCUUUUGUUAGAUAUGAGAAUAUUUGGUCGCUACAUUGAUCUGACUAUUACCGUGGUUAAUUCAACUUGGUGCUUGCACAGCAUGGGACUUUGGGGAAACUGUGAUGGCAAUAUACUGAAUGAUUUCAACAAAAGAAAUCGUCAAAAUAUUUAUCAGAACUUAUCAACAAUUCAUGAAGUUUCCCAGGAUUACAUUAACAACUUUGUAAGAUCUUGGAAAAUAGAAGAUAAUUCCACUUCUGUCUUUAUUUUUGAAAGUAAUGAACUGAACGAACCUCGUUUCAAGACAGAUUCUGGUUACAGCGUACGUUUCAAAGACUCUGGUCUUACAUGUAGAAACCUCUUCACAAUGAGUGGUGGUGAUGUAACCAUGGAGAUGAUGGUAAAAUGGGAUGGAAUUGAUGGCUGUUUGUUUUCGUACGCAACGACAUCAACGCUCUCAAUCGUCAUCAAGACGACUGUGAGGUUGUACUAUGGGACACAAGAGUUUGAUACUUUGUUACAAUUACAGAAAAAACAAUGGAAUACUAUAGUGUUAAUAUGGAGGAAGACAAACCGUGCCAUUCAGUUCGUGCUGAUUGAAGAUUCUAACACAAAUCAUGUAAGAAACUUCCGAUUAAGUGGCGAGCAAGAUAUCUUUGCAUCUGGUGGAACAUUAGGUCUUGGUUAUUGGUAUCCAACAGGUGGGGUUACUACGUUAAUUCCUGGAGCUUUUGAGGGUGAAAUAGAUGAGGUGCGUAUAUGGAAUGUACGAAGAUCUGUCGCUGACAUACUCAGCUCAAGAAAUUCUGCUUUAAAAUGCGAAUUGCAAGGUUUGGCAAACUUAUGGAGGUUUGACGAAGGUCAGGGCAACAUUGCAAAAGAUUGUGUUUCAGGAGCUCUUUUCCACUUUCCUGCACGGGGUAACAAGCCAACGUGGGUAUUCUCCACUUUUCCUCUUACAAUUCGCGAAAUUCGUAAAUCAAGUCAUCAAGAAAGAUCCGCAGUCGAGGACGUGUGUAGGAAUGAAGUAUUUGUCAAAGCUGAGGGUGAAUGUCAUAACAUGGACGAUAAAGUAAAGAUCUUUUUUGCCGUAGCAUGUUAUGAGCUGAUGUCAAGCAGCACAGAUAUUGAGAAGCGCUUGUGGAGUGCUGUUACCUAUCUAGAUUACUGCAAAGCCAGUUUAGGUUUACCUGAAUGGCCUGGGAAGAGCUAUUGCUUCGAGCUACAAAGUUUAUCGCUACCUAACUGGAUGAAGCUGUCAUGUCAACAAAGCUGCAAGUUUGGAAGUUCUGUAAAUAGUGAUAUCUGCAAAUGUGAAUAUGGCUUUUAUGGAAAGAACUGUUCUCGAGAAUGUCCUGGUGGUAAUAUCUCUCCAUGUGGUGGUUUCAGUGAUUGUGAUAAAAUCUCUGGCGCAUGCUCAUGCCCAUUAAAUGCAAACGUGAGUGGUGAUUGUCUUACAUGUUCGUCUGGAUGGAGAGGAGAACAAUGCUCGAUUGCAGCAACCAAAAAUGUGAGAGAGGAAAGUACAAGACCGAUAUGUCAAGUGUAUGGAGCGGUGCACAUAACAACAUUUGAUGGCAGUAAUUAUGAUGCAAAAGCAGCUGGUGAGUUUUAUUUGAUAAGAACAAAUGACUUUAUCACUCAAAUCCGCAAUGAGCCUUGCCUUAACUCCAGUAUUUGUACCUCGGCCGUUGCACUGCGUCUUCAAGAAGUAAAUGUUACCAUACGUGCAUCAUAUGAAGAAAGGGGACUCCCGCUACUGUAUAUUGAUCAAUAUAAAACAGACUACACAAUUGAAAAAUCCAUAAAGGGUGGUUACAGAUUCAGGCAAAAACAACCAGGGUUAUUUGAAGUUACAAAAGAUAGUAUUCCAAUUAUUGAAGUGAGAAUGCAAGAAAAAUACUUCAGCUUUAGUUUGUUUAGUGAUGUAAAAACCUGUUUGGAUUCUUCUGGGCUGUGUUCGUCAUGUGAUAACAACACUGAAAAUGAUUUUGUUAUAACGAACGAAUUGCGUCGAAGUAAAAGAGCAACAAAUGCUGAAAGAGAAUCUACCUCAGCGUUUGUACAGAAAUGGAAUGUUCUACCGCCAGAUUCUAUGUUUGUAUAUAAAGAAAAAGAAAAACGUGAAAUUUCAAUAUCAGAAUACUGUCUGCAAUAUAAUGGAACAUCGAUUGAAACUCAAGCAAUUUAUGACUCUUUUACUACCAGUGAAGAUGUGACUUGUGAAUUAUUUGUUAAAAUUGAAAAAAGAGGUGGAACAAUUCUUUCCUAUGCUGCGCAAACAACAUUUGGAAUUAUAAAUGACGAGACGAUAAAAAUUCAGUUUGGUGAGAACGUACUGGACACUGGGAUACGUAUGAUCUUUGGUCAAUGGUACUGGCUUACAAUUACAUUCAGCAGAACAACUCGGAUAAUGCGUGUGUAUUCCUUGCAAGCAGAUGGCGUGAUGUAUAACCGUAUAUUGCUGGUUCCAUAUGAAAUAUUUACAAGUGGAGGAGUACUCUCCAUUGGUCACUGGCAAAGUACUGGUAGUGGUGUUACGAUUGUGAAUAGAAAACCUUUUUAUGGUCUCAUUGAUGAAUUACGAAUAUGGAACAUCACUAUUCAACCGGAAUUUGUCAAACAAAGUCGAGAUCGCUAUAUCAAGUAUAAAGUUCCCGGAUUGUUAUCUUUGUGGUUGUUUGAUGAAGGCGAGGGUACUAUUGCACAUGAUAUUAUCAGGACGGAUUUCACAUUUCCUAUAAAAAUAAAUGCUCGACCAUCCUGGGUGUUCAGUUAUGCCCGUACUACAAUACCUAAUAUCUCAAUUGAUAAUUUGAUAUGGAAAAACAACUCCUUGAAAAAAGAAGCCGAAGAUCUUUGCAAUAAAUUUAUCAUGAAUUAUUUGCAUGCGAGUAAAUGUGGAAGUCGUUUGGGAUUGGCUCAUGGUCAAUAUUACUACACCAGUUGCUUGAACGAUGUUAAAUCCUCGAAUGCCAUAUCUUCAGCAUUUCAAUCAAUAGUCAAUUACGCCGAUUAUUGUCAAAAUAUUCUUCAAUUAAAGACCUGGCCUUUGGAUAAGUACUGUAAUGACUUACCCAAACAAUACAUAGGAGUGCAUAAGGGCGUUCAUUGUAACAUCACAUGUGUAUUUGGGCAUGUCGAAUCUGAAAUAUGUGUGUGUGACACUGGAUAUUGGGGUAAAAACUGCUCAUUUGUGUGCCCUGAAGGAGCUCUUAAUCCAUGUAACCGCAGAGGUGUUUGUAGUCCAGUCACAGGAAGAUGUUCAUGUGAUUACAACUGGCAAGGUAAUGAAAAUUGCACAGGUUGCUCUCUUGGCUGGGAAGGAAGUGAUUGUAAUGUGGCGUCAGCUACCCAUGGCAACGCAUCCUCAGUUGGCUUAACUGGAGGAAAUUACCAAACUUUCGAUGGAAUUCGGUUCACAUUCUUUUCUACGGGGGAGUUUAAAGUCCUUGUUAGUUUUGAAAUCAUUAUUCAUGCUCGUCAAGUUCCUUGCUAUAACGGACAAUCUCGUUGUAUUGAUGGUCUUGCAUUUUUACUCGAAGGCAAAGAUGAACUGGUUAUUCUAGCGUCAGUUCCAGGAGAAGAUCAUCCCAUAUUUUGGCUAAACAAGAAAAGAACUCAACUCAACGGCAUUACCACUUCAAUUGGUGAGAGCAGAUUCACUUUAGUUCAGACUUCAUCUGUAACCUUAGAGCUCCGUUCACAAAUCAAAAACAUCAUGGUCAAAAUAAGAAUUGCUGAGAGUGGUUUACAGUAUAUUAUUAUUGCUCCCAAAGAGAUCUGUAAUGCAUCCAUAGCACUUGGUGGUAGUUGUGACUCGAUACCCCGUAAUGACCGCAAUGAUUCUUCAUCUCCUCAAUUUGAAAAACUUUUUCGGGUUUUGCCUGACCGAAGCUUGUUCUCAGCUGCAAUUGGUUUCAAGAACUUCUUAACUAUCGUAACUGGAUCGGAGUUUGCUUUGCAGUUUGAUGGUGUUGGCAUAACAACCAAUCUUAUUGGUGAUUUGUUUACACGUAAUUACGUCACAAUUCAGAUGCUUUACUUCAGUUUUCAUGACAACGGAACAUUGUUUACAUACAGUGAAGGAGCAAUUUUCUCCAUUUCUCUCAUCAAUGGAGAGUUUUGCUUGAUUACAAAUGAUGUAAUUGAUUGCACAGGAAUAAAGACAUCUUUGAACGUUUGGAAUCAAAUAUCGCUAGUAUAUCAUCGCACAACUGGGCGUAUCUUCUUUUAUCAUAUAAACAACCAAGGACAAGUGACAGUAAAAGUUGGAUUUUCUCUCAAAUAUAUGUUUAGAAGUGGAUGCAAGAUUGCCAUUGGACAAUGGAUUCCAGGUGGUAGUACUCUUGUAUCUGUAUCACCUGGUUUUAAAGGAAGGAUAGACGAGGUUCGUAUCUGGAAUAAACAGUUGUCAGGUGCAGAUGUCAGGUCAUCAUGGCAAGUGAACGUUCAAUAUUCUUCGAGAUACUUGGUAAUAUUGUGGAAAUUCAACGAAGGAAGAAAUAUGAUUGUGAAAGACUUAAAAUCUGGGGUCCACUUAUACAUUCAAAACGUCAAUCACAAGGUUCAAUGGGUAUAUGGUACCGCUUCAAUUGAUAUUUUACCGCUCGUGACUCCUGUAUCAACCACACAAGUCACAAAUUGGUGCUCAACGUACAUUCUCACCUCGGUGUAUUUCCAGACCUGCAGUCAACUUGGAAUGCCUGUUCAAACUGUUUACUAUCGCGCUUGCAUAUCACUAGCAUCAUUGAAUGGUGUUGUGGAGGCCGGUGUAGAUAUUGUUGUAGCUUACUCAGAUUAUUGUCAGGUUUCUUUAGGAUUAAUCAUUUCACUAUCUCAUGCUCUCUGUAAUGAGCCAUCAUUUCUUCAGUCUCCUCAUAUCCCAUGGUCUGGAUCUUCAUGUGACCGAGCGUGUAACUUUGGAAUAAGAAACACUAAUGGUCGCUGCACUUGUUUGGCGGGUUUCUAUGGCUCCACUUGCUCCGGUGUUUGCCCCGGUGGUAUCAAUACUCGUUGCUAUGGAAAUGGUGUGUGUUCGCGAACAACUGGUUUAUGUACAUGUGCGUACAAUUGGUAUGGUACGUUGUGUGAUCGAUGUAAUGCCGGUUAUUAUGGACUUGACUGUUCUUUAAGUGCUGUAAGAGUUUCCAUCGCUGGCGGAAAAGCAUCUGUAUCGAUAUCUGGUAACGGGAAUUUCAUUGGUUUAGGUGGUACAGCUUGGGUGUAUCGUGGUACCGGCGAGUUUGAUGCAAUUAUAUCUGCACGGCUUGAUGUCAGAAUUCAGCUUCGGCAGGUACCGUAUGGUACUGGAGUCAGGGCUCGCGGUGUAGUCGUGAGAACGUCAGUUGGUGUAUUGGCUAUUUACUGCAGGGUGGGUACAGGAGUUAUAAUCACUUUUAAUGGAAACCUUGUCGACAAAAACAAGGUUAUUGUUAUAGGAUCUGGUUUUGUGUAUCGUCCAUACUCGCGCAAUAAACUUCAAGUAAAGGGACCUGAAGGCUUUUUAAUGACACUCUAUGACAGGCUGGUAUAUUUUGGAGUUGAAAUAAAUAUGGAUAGAUCGUUUUGUCGCGAUUCUUGUGGAUUGUUUGGUAGCUGUGGUCUUUUGAACAGCACAAAUUGCACAUCUCCUGGACUUUUAGAAAGCUUUAACAAAUCACUGAUCACACAAACGAACAUUGAUGGUCACAUGACUUCAUGGUUGAUUCCCAAAAAUAAAAGUGCGUUCGUCGAUAUUUUGACAGUCGCUAAAGAAAACAACAUUACUGCAGCUGGUACUUGUCUCUUUUUUUCACAAACAUCUUUGAUCACGCCUCCAUUUGUGGACGUAUUUCAUGGAGAUUUCCUCACUAUUCAAUUUUAUCUAAAAUUCAAAGACAUACAUACUACUGGAACAAUAUUCUCUUUUGUUUUAAACAAUAACUUUGCCUUCAGAAUUAACGGAACGUUGAAAAUCCACUUCGAUUCAAAAGUUUUUGACAUGGGCAUUUCUCCAGACAUCGAAGCAUGGAAUUACUGUACAUUCGUCUAUCAUCGAGUCAGUGGAAUAUUGGAGAUAUAUAUUCAAGUUUCGCAGAAUGUGCUGGUGACCAAAGUGUUUAAUAUUGGAGUGGGAGCAUUUGAAUCACGGGGAAGACUUGCCAUUGGUCUUUGGCAGGCUACAGUAGGAGUUAACAUCUCUAUUGGAGGCUUUAUUGGUUGGAUUGAUGAACUUAUUAUGUGGAACAUGCGAUUUGAUGCAGCAUUAAUCAUUAACAAUUUACAUGAAAAUAUCCUUACCACUGCGAAGGGAUUACUAGGACUAUGGAAGUUUAAUGAAGGUAAGGGAUGGAUUGCCAGAGAUCUUGUAGGUUCUUUACAUUUUGUUCUUCCCAGACCACCGUGGAGAUCUCCAGCUUGGGUAGCAUCUGACGUUUUUAUAACAUUGCAAUCUGGUGUUACCAAUAAUACUGGGGGAGCUGAUAAUGAAACUAAAUCACUGUGCAGGAGAAUAUAUAGUUCAAAAUCUUUGAACGACUGGUGUGGACCAACAAAUGGCGAAGAUAGUUUUACUUACCAGGCAUGCUUAACUGAUGUACAGACCAGUGGAUUGAGGGAUGGAGCCAAAGAUUCAGUAACUUCAUAUGCCAACCAAUGCCAAGCUGCUCGAAAUCUUACAAAUUUGCCCGGAAGUGAUCUGUGUAAUGUCUUCACUGAUCAGCGUUACGACGAUUGGUCAGGUGAUGCUUGUGACGUAAUUUGUUUAUUUGGUGUCGCAAAAAACAACACCUGCCAAUGUGAUGAUGGAUACUGGGGUACCAAAUGUUCGCAAGAAUGUCCUGGAGGUGCAUCUAGACCCUGCAACAAUCGCGGUAAAUGUGAGCAAACCACUGGUAUAUGUAUAUGUGACCGGAAUUGGCAAGGCAGUUCUGACUGCAGCAAUUGCACAUUAGGCUGGGACGGAAACGAUUGUGCUAUUGCAAAGACCAUUCUUCAACCAAUUGAAUUUGUGACGGCUAUCGUAGGAUCUGGUGGUAUUUUAAUCACAGGCCAAGGAAUUGCGUUCCGUUUAAAGGUUGCUGGCGAGUUUAAAAUCUUGCAAGGAAAAAGAAUCGAAGCCCAAGUUCGUCAAGUGCCAUGUUAUAAUGGAAAAUCUUUAUGCCUCACUGCAGUUGGUUUGUCUUUGGAUUCCACAAUUAUCAGCAUACAUGCACCAUACCAAACCGGAAACGAUCUGGUCAUUAGUAUUAAUGGAACAAGUCGUGCUCUAGUCAAUACACAAUUAUCUGGCAUAAACAUCACUUUACCAUCACCUCAAGAAGUCGAAGUUAAUUAUGGUUCUAAGCUUAGAGUACGAGUAAACACAAAUGGAAAGCACGUGACUGUUGGGUUAAAAAUGUCGUCAAGUUUGAGUAGAAGCUUAGGUGGUCUUCUUGGUACUGCUUCUGUGAACAAAAACUCGUCUUUUAGUAAUACAUCAUUUCCAUCAUUAAACGAUUUACUAAAUGAGAGCAACAUUGACGUAACUGUUCAAAGAGUGUUUGGCAUCUCCUCUCUAUCUUCUCGACUUUUUUCAUCUGAUAAAAACCGGCAAGAGACUGGACGUAUUUUCGGUGGUGGUUUUUCACUGUUCUUUAACUAUACGGCAAUAUUCUCAAGACCGAUAGUCAACCUCUUUAUUGGAAAAAUAUUCACGAUUGAGCUCGUCAUAAAAAUGAACUGUAACGCAGCAAUUUGUGGUGGACCUAUUUUCUCGUAUACUUCGUUUGAAAUGUUUUAUAUAUCAACUUAUUCCUCGUUAAGAGUGAUUAUUGGAACUCAAAUGUACGAUACAACAUGGAUUGUUGAGACAAAUCAAUGGAACCAGGUUACGGUAAUGUUCUGGGCUUCAAAACUUGAAAUGAGUGUAUGUCUUACUUCAUCUCAAGGUGUGUUGCUGUGUAAAUCUUUUAAAGUUGUCUCAAAUCCUUUCGUAGCGGAAGGAAUCAUAGCGUUAGGUGGUUGGCAGCCAUCUCCCAAUGGCUUGCUUGGAAUUGUACCAUAUACGACCUUCGUUGGCGAAAUUGAUGAAUUUAGAAUAUGGAAGAGGGUAUUUGACUAUGCAUUGUUGCAGCAACAUUGGCUAGCAAAUUUGACACCUGAUAUUGAUGGUCUGAGUGGACUAUGGAAAUUGAAUGAGGGAGUUGGUACAUACGUUAAUGAUCUUGUUGGAAUGAAUCAUCUGUAUUUCCCUGGUGACCCGUGGAAUAAACCCAUCUGGUAUUCAUCGGAUCUGCCGAUCUCACCUGCUGCCAUAUUGCCUGUCUCACAAAAUGAUGUUUUGAAUCAGUUAGCAAACGACACUUGUUCUCAUCUUUUCUUCAAUGGUCCUCUGUUCUACUAUUGUUCAGGUUUACCAUCCAUAAUACAAGGACAAUUUUUCGAUAUGUGUUUUGAAACAGUAUCCAACACUGGACGAAAUACGAGCAGUCUGGAAAGCGUGUUAUUAUAUUCAGACUACUGUAUGGAAACGCUUAAUCUACUCUUGUGGCCUGCACAAUCAUUAUGCAAUAAAUUUCCCGGAGAGUUCUUCCCUAAAUGGAUAGGCAACAACUGCAAUGUUCCUUGCAUAUUUGGAAAACCAGCGAUUCUGAAUAGUGACAAAUGUAAAUGUAAUUUCGGUUACUGGGGUGUGGCCUGUGAUCAGAUCUGCCCAGGAGGAAGUAAAUCACCUUGCCAUAACCAUGGCACAUGUGAUCCCGUAUCAGGUCGGUAUUGUUAUCCUGGGUGGUCCGGAAACCUGGAGUGUUCUGCGUGUGACAGAAAGUGGACGGGAAGUGAUUGUUCAUUGGCUAUAUUAGAUGUUAGUAUCAUCAACAGAGGCACUCGGUUUUCUGGUAUGUUUGGUCUUUCGUUAUUUGCAACCCUUGAUGGUCACAGUUUUAAUCUUAAUAUCAUUGGAGAAUAUUAUCUCUUUUACUCUAUACAUUUCUAUUUUUACAUUCAAAUCCGGCUCGUCUACUGCUAUGGAUACUCAUCAUGCGUGAAUUCAAUCGCUUUUCGUACAGCAGCUCAUGCCUUAGUAUUUCACGGUCCUUACACUAAUAAUGGCUCUCCUGUCAUAUGGCUUGAUGGAUCCUUCCUUGAUAUCGACAGAAAUAGUGUAACAACAGCCCAAUACGGAUUUCAUCUUCGAAAAGAUUCCUCGGAUGUCUACAUUUUCCAAUUCUCCUCUUUUCAAUUAUCUAUUCGAGUACUAGGACGUUUCCUUAGCCUAAUAGCAAAAGUUUCUGGCAUGAUCUGCCAAGAUUCUUAUGGUAUCCUUGGAUCUUGUAACAAACCAUUCUUGGCAAGUUUAGUUCCUGACCGUUCACUCAGUAAUUGUACUUAUAGCAACCAGACAUCUAGAAAUGAAAACCAUCUCAAAGAUACGUAUGAUAUUAAGAAUAGCACGGCCGUGAUAAUAAGAAAAUUGAUAAAGAAUGUUGAAGUGCAUAAGUGCGAUAGUUUAUUCAUUUAUCGUUAUCAAUCAUAUCGUGAAUACAGAGAGUCUAAUACUAUCUACGCUUUACAGUUCCAUCAUACAGCCGUCGUUUCUGGAGUCAUUCAUCAACCGUUCAAAGGCAAUGAAAUCUCUAUAGAAUUUUAUAUCAAGCUGGAAAAGGCCGGAGUCAUAUUCUCUUAUACUAAAAUAAAAACUUUUGUAUUUUUUGCUAAUAACACUCAUUUUAACCUAUAUUGGGGAGACGAACAGUUCAAAACCAACAUCGCAGUUCAUCUUAAUGUUUGGAGUCAAAUUAUUUUGGUAUUUAGAAAACCUGCUUAUAUUCUACAGCUCUAUCAAUUUAACCUGGAAGGACAACUGACAAGGCAAGACUUAACUAUUGGUGAUGACAUUUUCCCUCCUGGUGGCGUGUUAGCUGUCGGUGCUUGGCAACCAUCUCUCGAUAGUUCAGGUCUACAACUUCACAAUUACUUUACGGGAUACGUCGAUGAAUUUAAAAUCUGGAAAAUGGCUUAUCAUCCUUCUCUCGUGAGUCAAGCAUGGUGGAGAAAUGUGAGGGUGAAUACAAUAAACUUGGCUAGGUUUUGGAAGUUUGACGAAGGGGAAGGAUUAUACGCAGACGAAGCAAUGAACAAUAGUGCUCUUAAUUUAGAGACGGCUCCCUGGCGAAGUCCAAACUGGGUGUAUUCCGAACUUGAACUAAAAUCUUCCCUACCUGGAGCGGCUAUCGCGUCAUUACCUCAGAGCACGUACGAACAAGUGGCUAAUUCAUUUUGUACCGAACUUAUCCUGCAAGAUCCUUUAAAAUCCUCAUGUAGCGCGUUAGGACUAGCUGUAACAACUUAUUAUUUCAGGGCUUGUGUGAGUAUUAUUACGACUACAAACGAUAUUGGAGCUUCUUUAGAAAUAAUAAUCGCUUAUUCAGAUUACUGCCAAUCAGUCCUUACCUUGAGCUCAUGGCCAGCACAGUUGCUGUGUAAUAAAUUCCCUGGUAAACAAUUUCCUAUUUGGUAUGGAACACAAUGCAAUAAAAAGUGUUACAAUCGUGAUUACGUAGCCUCUACCAUCAAAUGUAUAUGCAAGCGUGGAUAUUGGGGUGAUGAGUGUGAGAAUGUGUGUCCUGGUGGAUCAUUACAUCCCUGUUAUAACCAUGGAAUCUGUAACUCAUCAACUGGACAAUGUCAUUGCGAUGAAAACUGGAGUGGAACUCGUGAUUGUAGUGUUUGUGCGCAAGACUGGAAAGGAGUGGACUGUUCACUGGCUCUUGUGACAAAAACUACCGUACAGUUGUUCGUUUAUGCAGUUAUUGAUACCAGUGCUCAUUAUAUAACGUUUGACGGCUUGGCUUUUCAUCUCUCUGUGGUUGGGGAUUACUAUCUCUUCAGAACUCGUCUUUACAUGUAUGGUAACAUCACAGUUCAAGUUCGUCAUGCACCUUGCGGUCUCCAAAGUGUGUGUAUUGUUGCCGUAGCAGUUCAAGUUUCGCAAACACGUCUGGUAUUUCAUUCUCCAAAUGUAAACGAACAACAGCCGAUAAUAUGGGUGAGCGAUGCAAAAGUUUCGGUCGUUGCGUCUUCUACUUUUGGUUACGGAAAUUCUGAAUUGAUCAUCACGAGAAACGCAUCUUCAGUGUUUAACAUCAGGCAUAAAGAGAUAUUUCUAUUGAGUAUUCGAGUGAUUGGCCACGCUCUUGCGCUGAAUGUACAACUGAGAAAAUCCAACUGUAGUGCAAGUGGAAUUCUGGGUAAUUGCGAUAAUGAUCCUUACAACGACCUACCGUUGACAAACUCGAGUGUUGGAAUCAACAACGUAAGUCAAGGAAUAUUGAAUAAAGAAUUGGUCAGAGUUUUUGAAGUUGACUUAAAGGAUAGUUUGUUUGCGGUCGUCGACAAUUUGUAUCUGAGAAGAACAUUAUUUACUGCUGCCAAAUAUUCUCUAUAUUUCAAUAAAAACAGUGUGAUUUCUCGCGUUUUUGUCAAAACAUUUACAUAUAAUACUGACUUAACGAUAGAAGUGCUUUUCAAAGCAUUGUCUACCGGCACUGUGUUGUCCUAUGCCCGAAACAAAACAUUUGGAAUAAUUAUCCGUGGCACCCUACAUAUUGAGUUUGGCAGUGACUGGUCCAAAGACACCAAGAUUUACAUUAAUGCUAAUACUUGGUACCACUUGACAAUCAUCUGGCAUAAAGACCUCCAUCUGGUUGAGAUCUAUGUGAUUACAGCAAAUGGUAUUACGCAGAGAAGAAGAUUUUCCAUUUCAGACAAUCCAUUCAAGCCAGGGGGAAUCUUGACCUUCGGGUAUUGGGAACCCUCGCCUGGCGACACAGAGGCUCGCAUUCAAGACGGUUUUACUGGAGUCAUUGAUGAAUUACGAGUGUGGCAUAGGGCGUUUAAUCCAGUUACUGCCCAGGAGAAUUGGCGAAUGAACGUACUACCCAGAACACCGUCUCUUGCUGGAUUAUGGAAAUUUAACGAAGGCUCUGGAAAUCUUGUACACAAUGCCAUCACCAAUGAGCAUCUGAUUUUAUUACCAGAAGUAUGGUCGCCACCUAAAUGGAUUGUUUCUGACGCAGAUAUUGCAUUAAACCUAAGUAACGUCGACAAACCUUUCGAAAAACAUUUUGCAAAUGUAUCAUUUCAAACUACGGCAGAAGAAUGGUGUAAUGCUCUGUUCUAUCAAGGACCACUACAUGUUCAUUGCAGAAGUCUUGGAGCAGUGAUGCAGUUUUAUUACUUGACUUGCGUUCAAACCGUAUCAAGAACAUCACAGUUGCAGUCAACAGUAUUUAUUGUAGAGCAGUUUUCUGACUAUUGCCAAAAAUCUUUGAAAUUAUCUAUCUGGCCUGCUCGAGAGCUCUGCAAUCACUUUAAUGGUAUUAAGUUCUCAUAUUGGAUAGGCGAUAAUUGCGACGUACCAUGCUUCUUCGGAGAAAGACAUCCUACAAAAAAGAACAAAUGUCGAUGUUACAAAGGUUACUGGGGAGACGAUUGCUCAAAUGUAUGUCCAGGUGGUCACGUCAAUCCCUGUAAUGGACAUGGCGUAUGUAAUGCUCUUGAUGGUAUAUGUACUUGUGAUGUGAAUUGGCGUGGUGAUGUCACGUGCUCUGUGUGUAGUACAAAUUGGUUUGGUAAACGUUGUCAAUAUGCUGCUAAUCAAUACAUCGUAAAAAGAGAGUUUUCUUUUGCUUCUAUCAUAGGUCAGGGAUAUUUUACAACCUUCCUUGGUGUUUCAUUCUAUCUUCCAUAUCAUGGUGAAUUCUACCUCAUUAGGUCUAUUUCUAACAACUUUGUUGUGCAAGUUCGUCAAACUCCCUGCAUGUUUAAUGAAAUCUAUAGAUCAAUAUGUACAACAGCUAUAUCCAUACGCUUUAAUCUUUAUCUGACUGUCUCAAUAAGAGCUCCAGUUACCAACGUCAGGAGUUUCUAUCCACUCGUGUGGAUCAAUGGUAAAGCAAUUAGAGUGGAUCAUGUUACGAUCUUCAGCGAAACUGUGCGCAUGACGAGAAUUGCAUUGAACCGUUAUGAGAUCACUGGACUGAAUGGAAUGCAUUUCUUACUGACUGUCGGCCAAAGUCUUUCAAUACGUCUGAGAUUACCAACAUUGCUAUGUCGUGACUCGUCUGGAAUACUUGGUGCAUGUAAACAGCGUCUGUCUUAUCAAAAUACAACCGAUAGUGUUUCUCUUCAAAACGCAAUCGCUAAUGGCACAGUAGGCAAAUCAGAUAGUUUUUUUAUUUACAAACACAAGUAUUUCAACGAAUUCAGACACAUCUUGGGAAGUUGGUGUAACUUACGCCUUAAGGACACGCACAUUGUUUCGGAUGUCUUGUUUCUUGGUAAAUAUGAUGUCAUUACCAUUGAAAUAUUUGUUAAAAUCAACAGUUAUGGAGGAACAUUGCUUGCUUACGGAAAGGAUGAUAACUAUUUGAUUAUCACGAGCGAACAAAACAUGCGUGUCUUGUAUAAAUCUGUUUCAUAUCAAACUGGAAUAAAACUUACACCUGGAAGAUGGUCUCAAAUUUCCAUCGUGUGGAUAAAAUCAUCAUAUGUGCUUCAAAUGUACUAUCAUGAUUACUCGACGCCAUUUGGAUACCCAUUGCUUAGAACUUAUCAAUUCAAUUCACAGAUAGUUACGAGUGAAGGUCGGCUCUACAUUGGAUCAUGGAGAGGAAAAAGCAUUUUCGAAGUACCGAACUCAGACUUUAACGGCUAUAUUGAUGAAAUUCGUGUUUGGAAGAGACAGUCAACACCUGAUUUGAUCACACGAUUUUGGAACACUAAUGCUUACCCGUCUCUACCUGGCUUACUGCACCUUUGGAAAAUUGAGCAAUUGCAAGGAAACAAUUCAAUUGAUCUUGUAUCUGGCAAGAAGAUUUAUCUACCUCUCUUUAAUAAACCAACUUGGGAAUUUUCCGACCUUCCUAUACCGAUUAAGAAAUUGAACGAAGAAUUCACAGUCGAUAUUUCAUCCAAUCUGACCCUUGCUGAAGAAUUUUGUACCUCCGUAAUUCUCUCUGGUCCCCUUUACAAUAAUUGUGUAUCUCUAGGACCAGCUGCAGCCGGAUUUUAUUUCAGAGUUUGUGUAUCAGAGGUUACGCUAACAAACAACAUUUCUAUGGCAUUGGAGGCAGUAAUUGCGUUUGCUGAUUACUGUGAGGAUGUUCUCGAUCUAAACUAUUGGCCAGCCCGUGAGCUUUGCGAUCUUUUUUCAGGAAUUUCUUUCCCUAACUGGAUUGGACCUAAAUGUAAUCAUUCUUGUGUUUUUGGUUCGCCUGGUAUGAAGAAUGGAAGCUUGGUCUGCGUGUGCGAACAUGGAUAUUGGGGAGCUACAUGUGAUGGAUUGUGUCCCGGUGGGAUAUGGAAUGUGUGCAGUAAGAAUGGGAUAUGUAACACGCUAAAUGGUACAUGCACUUGUGAUCCAAGAUGGAGGGGUGAAACCACAAAUGUUGGUAACCAUACAACUCUCAAAAUACCAUGUUCAGUUUGUACUUCAGGUUGGUACAAUAAGAACUGUUCAAUCAGUAUAGAGAAAGAAUUCUCCAAUUCAAGUUUUCUAAACAACAAAGCUAUAUGCGUUGCCUUUGGCGAUCCUCACGUGACGACCUUUAGUCGAGCUAGUUAUCAUUUAGACAUCAAUGGACCAUUUACUGCAUUUCGGUCUCGUUCAAGUGAAAUGGAAAUCUUGGAAGCUCCUUGCCCUAACUCAGUCAAAUGCAAGAGAAUUAAGGAAAUAACAUUGAAUUCUCAAGCUUUAAAUAUUUCCAUGAGAUCGUCUGGAGUGAUAUUCACGAAUCUCAGUUCAACUCUCACAUCAGAAACUACUUUAAGAUAUUCUACACAAUGGCAAACUCUUGGCGAAGCCAAGUACCGCUGGUUGGAUCGCAAUCGACUAGAGAUAGUGGACGGAGAUGAAACAACAUUUACAAUUUUGGCUUACUUCGAGACAUUGGCCGUUGCGGUGGAGACAGCUAGAAGACUAAACACCAGUGAACAAGUACUUUGUGGCUCAUCUAAUGGAAAGUGGGAACGAGAUAUUUUAAAUCUAAGCAACGAGUCUUACGUAAACGAUACAGAAACAACCAAAGCAUUUGGAAAUUUAACACAGAGCCUUCAUGAUGAAUAUGUUAACAAUAUGACCAGAAAAAUGAAAACAAGAAUGAUAACCGAAUACGCUGCUUCAUAUAGGACCGGUGGUGGAUAUAUGUUAGGUUUUGGAAACAGCUAUCUAUCUUUGAUAGUAAACUUUUCCUAUCCUAUUCUCUCACAAGUAAGCAUCGAGAUUUGGGUGAAGUUGUCAGUGUCUGGGUCCAAUGCUAACUUGACGGCUGAAGGAAUUCUUGAAGGAAAGCGUGUUUUGUACAGCAUCGUACAACAAGAUGGUAAUUUAACGUUGUUGUACGACAAGGAAGUGGUACUUCAAUGGGGAAAGCGUGUAAUUAACACUGGCUUGACAGUAAAAAAUCUUGAAUGGGUUCAUCUCUCACUGACUUGGAGAAAUAGUGAUGGUCGAGUGGUGAUCAUGUUGGCUUAUGUUGAAGGAUAUCAACGAACGUAUAUUCAUUAUGGCUUCUACAUCAAUGCUGCUUUUUAUAUAGAUAAAGGAAUGUACAUUGGCAACGAUGGAACGACUGUAUUGUUAGGAACUGAGCUUAUUCUAGAAGUUGAUGAACUUCUUAUUUGGCAAUAUGCUCGUGAGAGUGUUGAUUUAAUAAAAACUAUGACCCUGAAAAGAGAAGGAUACAUUGAAGGAUUAAUUGUAUUUUGUGGGUUUGAUGAGGGAUAUGGUAUGACAACAAAUGGUACUCUUUUUGCUUUGCGUGACAAUGCAACGAUAUCAGGAUAUUACUAUCGACAACAUAGCACCGCUGAUCAAGUUAUCGUAUACGAAAUGAAACCUAUAAAUGGCAAUCCACUUUGGAAACCAUCCGGUGCCCCUUAUCCAAACGUUGGUAAUUAUGAAAUUAACUUUGAAACAAGUGAGCUCGAAAGAAAUGCCAAAAACGAAUGUUACAAAUUAUUUUAUACUGGAAAUCUUUACAACUACUGCGGUAAAUAUUUGGUGUCUCAAACAUUAUUUUAUUACCAAGCAUGUCUUAUGGAUGUCACCAACUCAGGAAGUAUUCUUCAUAGCAAAAUUUCCGUUAGCACGUUCGCAUUUUACUGUCAAAAAGUACUGUUAGUCUCAAGAUGUCAGUUACACGGAUUCUACGAUGGCUUCCCGGCAUGCGAAGAAUCGGAUGAUUUUGAUCUUCACAUUAUUUUCAUCUGCGUCGGUGUCUCCAUUAUCAUUUUAGUGUUAAUCUGUGUCAUAAUAAUAUGCGUAUGCCGACGACGAAAGAAAAAAGACGAACAAGAUUCUGGACGCGGACGUUCAAUUGAACACGGCUCGCCUGCAAUAGGCAUGUAUUCGUCCUAUGGUAAAAGCAACGGAGGCAGUUAUGAUGCAGCAAGUUACGAAACACCUCCACCAUACAAUUAUAAUGCACCAGAAUUUGAUGAUCAUCCAAAGUCAAACAGAAAUACGACAGAAAGCUAUUUUUGAGAAACUACACGAACUCCUCUCUUUUUUACAUCAUUGUUUCGUAGUACAUGUAGAAUUUUUUUAUUCAACACAAUUUUUUACAUAACAUAGUGGUAGUAAGUUGAAACAUAUGUAUGCAUGAUAAACUUUGAAUAGAAUAGUUAGAAAUGAUUUAAAACGUCAAUAAAUAUGUACCAAUUUUCAA